AUGCAGCGAGUGCCACGCCCCAAACACCUCCUCGUUUUGCGGGCCUGCUGUGUCCUGUGGUCGCCUGCUUUGCUGCCAGGAAGUUCAGGAACUCGGUCACCGCCCAGCCCCCCCUCCGCCGCCUCCUCCUCCUCAUCCAUUGUUGGGCGAAACACAGCGACAUCGAAACACUGUGGACCGAAACUUUUCAGGUAACUGACCACUGAGGAGCUUUCGUUUCCCUCAUCUGCAAACUUUUAUCAUAGAAGUAGAAAGGACGCACUUUGUGAAGUCAUCAAUAGAGGAGGAAUACAGAUCUGUGUCAGCGAGGGGAGGAAAAGGGAGGAAAACUUUUGAGGCAAGGAACUCCGUAAUUCUCAUUCCUCCAUUUUGAACUUUUAAACUCCACUUUUCCAGAGGGCUACUUUCGGUAAGUUUACAAUGUUUCCCUACAGCUGAACUUCGAGUAAAGACUUCAGCCGAAACCACCUGCGGAGGUGGAUUAAAUCACUAAUGAAGUUGAGAGUUUUCCGCGGUCUCCCGCAGGCUGGAAGUACUGUUGUUCAAGAUUGUUAUCGGUUAGCAUUAGCGUUAGCAAGGUGCCGUGUUUGGCACACUGUACGUUAGCAGGUAGAGCGCCUAAGUAUUUCGUCAUUUUUAACAGUUUACUUCUGAUAAGUUAAUGCCCACUCCGUUUUGUCUACAGCCUUGAAUUUUUACUUACGCUACUACUGCUAGUUAGAGAUGUAAGAUGUUGUUUUGUAAAGGUUAAGUAGGUUCAGUUAGCCUCAACAGGUGUAACUGAACGUAAGCUACUUACCGUUAGCACGGCAGCACCUACUUGGGUUAAUUAAACAGGGAGUCCUCCGAUAGCGUCAAACCCUGGCUUAAAUCUAUAUUUAUACUUAUAAAUAUUUUAUCUUGGGCUCCUUUUAGUUUUGACUGGGUAUUUCAUCUGCAUAUCUCGUUUUUUGGCUUCAUUUGGUCACAUUUAAAAGUGUCUUUCUGUGAGACCACUACUGCCACACCCAUGAGAGGAGGUGAUAGCAGAAUCACGUCACCUGACUGAUAUGAGAGACCAGUCCAUAUAGAGCAGUAACUGAUGCAACCAUGUUUUCUUUUCGUUUAGAAAUGAUUAAAUGGAAAUAAACAUUACCACAAAAAACUCAUCUAACACAGUUGUGAGUGAAUAGCUCGUGCCAAAGUGUGGCCCCAAGGUAAUAAUUGUUGGGCUUGUGGGCUUCUGUAGAUUCUGCACCAUGUAAACCCUCAUUUAAAAGGUGCUUUGUACAUAAAACUGUUAUCAUUAUUAGUAAUAGAAGGGGUAUUAGUAUACAGCUUUCUAUUUGGGGCUCUAAAACCAAAGCUAGCGAAACAGAAACUUAUCCACACUAUGCCACUAGAAAGGUGACUUGUGUGGAGUGGCCAUUUGGUAUCAUAGCUGAUCACAAAUAUUGCAAAAGUUGAGAAGUAAUUUUUGAUUAAAGCCUCUGUGAGUAGGAUGGUUGUGCCCCGAGAUAUUUUUCAAUGAUAAAAUGAGUUACAACUGGCCCAGGCAAUCCGCUUUCAUCCAUACUGGCUGGCUUUUUUAAAUUAAAAGUUAAGAGGAGCUAUAUUUCAAAAGUAUGCCCAAUCCAAAUGCAAACAUUCCUCAGGAUGUGUGACAGCAAAUUUGAAGGUACACUCACCCAAUAAAGACAAAUUUAAUAUAUCAUUAGACAGUCAUCCUUCAGUUUCACCUCUGCGUGCCUUCCCUCAGAUUUGGGUUUAGCCCCUUUUGUUGAUAAUGUAGGUUAACAGCAAUCUAUGUCAUUGUUGUCACAUUACAGCUGACCAAGUUUUGGUUGAAGUCCCUCCGCCCUUAGGCUUUGCAGAUUGUCCCUGCCCAUCCAUGUUAGAUAGUUAAUCAAUGGAGUCAGCGCUAAAAAAGAGGAAGUAAAAUUGGGCCACAGUAUCAUUCUGCAGGGGAUGAAGCAUUUCUGGCUCAAACUAGGACUGUAAUAUUUUGACUGUCAUCCAACUUUUAGAGAUUAACUUGUGUGUCAGGAAGCUUCAUUUUGUCAGCAAACUUACCUCACACUGUUUCAUGUGUUUCUUGCCUAUUUUUCCUUGCCAAGCUUAUGUUUCUUCUCUUUAACAAACAAACCAACUCAAAUAAUUCAACAGAAUCUGUUAAAUGUUUUCUUGAAAUAAAAAAAAGUGUUUGAUGCAGUGUAAGUUGUGUUUUUAGCAUGAGAUUUAAAGAAAAAAAAAAACCCUGGGUCCUGUGAAGCAGUUCUUUUAACUCAAGUUUUCUUUGCGUUUUCUUUUUUUUUUCCCUCAGAAAUCCAGACACCAUGACAACCAUCAACACAGCUAACAUCAACUUUAAAUGGGAUCCAAAGAGCCUAGAGAUCCGUACUCUGGCAGUGGAGCGGCUUCUGGAGCCCCUUGUCACCCAGGUAAAUUAUACUAACAACAUGUUUGCAUUUUGUUCAUCGGAAUAAUGGAAAGAGCUGUAUAGCUUGUUGCUGGAAGUUAACAGGAUCUUGGUUUCAGAAAAAUAAUACGAAAUAAUUUAAUGUCAUUAUGAUUUUUUAAAAGCUAAUAGUGCAUAAAACACACCAAAAUGAAAAAAGAAACACACUAUGUUAAGUUUAGUAAUGGAAAAUUGUCUUUUCUCUACCCUUUCAGGAUUUGUUUAUUUUGUUUUGAUAAAUUCUACAUGAAAAAUGAGUGAAUUUUCAACAUGUGAAAAAAAGGGACUAGCAUUGAUAAAAAAAUUUAACGAAGCACAGUCACAUGUUUUUGCUAAGAGAAACAACGUGGGCGUAAAUCUAGUUUCCAAACACAUCUGAGCUGUAGUAGCUGCUACUGUUGUUGAACCUCCUGUAUCCUUGCCAUAGGUCACCACUUUGGUCAACUCCAGCAACAAAGGCCCAUCCAACAAGAAGAAAGGACGCUCUAAGAAGGCUCAUGUCUUGGCAGCGUCAGUGGAGACUGCCACACAGAACUUCUUGGAGAAAGGAGAAAAGAUCGCCAAAGAAAGUCAGUUCCUCAAGGAUGAGUUGACUGCUGCAGUGGAGGAUGUCCGCAAGCAAGGUAUAUUUACAAGAAAUGCUGCCAGUGUGUAGAUUGUAGCUUGCCUCUCUAGAUGAGAGGGAUGAUAAAUAAAUGAUAAACUAUGUACGUAUCAUCUGCCCCGGUGGAAGACCUUGAAAUAAGAGCAUGUUCUAAGCUCUUUAGAUCUCCUCUAUGCAGUGUUUUCAGGGAGCCCAUUAAUAGCGACUUUUCAUGUAAACAUGCAGAUGAGUCACAUUCACAUCCAGCCAUACUGCCGUCACUGUCCUUUUCAAUCAGGAUUCAAGUGACCCAUGUCUCCUCCAGGAAAACACACCUGUGUGUGCGUGUGUGUGUGGUAUUCCAGUAAACCACUGUCUGGCUCACAGUAGCACCGUAACAUCAAACUUUUUAGUCGUGACUGUUAAAUAGUUUUCCUUGAUAUGUUUGUCUGCUAUGCUUCUCUAUGGCAGAAUGUAAAGAUUUGCUGCAUAUUACAAAAAAGAAAUGGACUUCUCAGUUGUUCCAAAAAGGAUUAUUUGUAAUAACCAGUCGAAACAAUUACAUAUUCCUGUCAGUACUGUGGUUAUAUUUUAACAUCCCCUUGUACCUUUGAGUUACACCACUCAGCCUUGCCAGUGAUCUUACUGUAGGUGCUUGCUGUCUUCGAAGCUUGCUUUAUUUUUUUGGUUGUGUAAAUCUUUGAUGGACCCAUAUCAGGAGCAGAAGCAUUUAGUCAGCUUAAUUUUAAGUGUUAUGUUUUUCUCACACCAGAGGCAAAAACUGGUACUUCCUGGAUUUUCGUGUCAGCUUGUAAGACAUAAUAGUUUGUUUCCUCUGCAGCUAAAGUUGUUUGUUUAGAUGCUGACACGGUAAAAAGGGAAUCAUCACACACCAGAGGGCUCAUCUUGUCUGUGUAGAUUAUUUUUGGGGUUUUGUGGUAAUGGCUGUAAUUUGUCUGGCAUUCUGUUUGAACGGUUACCUACUGAGUUGUUUUUUGGCGUACAAGGUCAUCAUGAACAGAGGUCACAUGCUUGUUUUUACAGUUUUUGCUCCCAACACCCAUAUCUUGGUAUCAACUGUGGUCAGGUUCAAAAUGUGGUCAUCGUAUAUUACAUGAUGGAAAUGGCCCCCAGUGACUAAUAAGAUUUAUCACUGUGUGGAGUUUUUCGUAGCACAGACAUCCCACUGUCUUUGUACAAGUGUUAGCGAAAACCCGUCACUCGGGUUUAAUCCCACUCCAGUAGCAAAAGAACUGGAGCAUCUGCAGCACACAGUCACACAGCGAGUGGGCUCUGCGUCCUCUUGUUGCUUUUGUCGUUGCUUUUGGGACUUUUUGGGGCAAAGAAAUCAAGUCGUCUUUGCUGUGCCAUUGAUCAGCUCUAUCUACAGCUGCAGUUAGCUGUGACCCCUACGGCUUUUUCACACAACAUGCCAAAACAGUGUGUGAUGGCUGCCUCUCUGAAGUGCUGCUGCUGACUGUCACUGUGUUCACACAGGCUGCGCCUCAGCGGCAGUGCUGCUGCCGAGCUGCAGCCGUUCCCAUCUCUUUAUAUUUAAAUGAGCCCUUGAUAAUGGCAAUGAAAUGCAGGUUCUUUGUUCUGUUUGCACAUGCAUUUUUUACUAAGUUUGAACAGAAUCUGAAAAUAUUUGCAGUGGGUUUGGGAAAAAAAGAAUAUUCUCACUACAAAUAGCUGUUUACAGUGUUGUGAAAGGUGUAUUGUACUGGGUGUUGUGUCAGUAUUACAAUCCCUAAGAUCAUUUCCACAGACUGCUUCGGCUGAAAACCACACUGUUAGCAGUUGUUUUCCUACUUGUGCGCAGCCCCAGAUCAGAGCCUUAGCUGUGCUGCUUACAUGGGAGAUCCCAUCGCUCCAACCUUUGACCAUGAGGACAGGAAUCAAACUGACUAAGGACUGUUACGAACAUCUGUUUUGAUUGUCAUCUAAGAUUGGAGCAAUGAAAUGAUGUAUCAACCAAUUGGACAAUGAAUCUUUUGUGAUGUGGGAAGAGUUAACCAUACUAUUUAGUGUUAAGAGUGGAGGAAGAAAGGGAGGUAAGAAGGAGAGAAAAAGAUGGUUUAAAAAUAGGGAUGGAAAGAUUAACUGGUUGGUAUUGAUUCACAGAUAUGUGUGGACAUGACCGGAGUGCAUCAGUAGAGCAGCUGAACAUGGAAGCAAUUUGGAGUCAGCUCAAGAGAAAUCCAUUUCUGAAUUUUUGCAUCUGUAAAUCCAGUCCAUUUAAGAGAAGAUGCUCCAUGAAUUUAUUUAGAAAUGUAACCAACCCAAAAUAUUUGGAAAUUUGUGUUUCAGUGGUCCUGUGUAAAGACCUAUGUCACAUUAAAGUACAUAAGUUGAGCACUGUUGUAGUAUGAGCAGCAUAAACAUUACUGUAUUUGUGGAGUGUUUCCUAGUAGUUGUGCUGGUGGCACAGUGAGAAUCCCCACCGCCUGUGAACUUCACAUCGAAAGUUUCCGAACACGACAGGGUUUCGCAAGAGAGAGAGACGACUCAACAAGUCAGAUACGAUUUGCAAAACGUGCCGUGCUGCUCUGAAGCGCACAAGCAGCACGACUCACAUUGUAACUCACCUGAAGCAGCAACAAAGUGUGACUGUGGUGUGGAGGCGUCUGCUAGUGCCCACUGCCCAGCAUCCCCGGCCUCUGUCUUUAUUCAUAAAGCUAUCCAGCCACUGUUAGAGAGAACAAAGAUUUCCAACCUCCUCCGCGCCUUGGAGCCUCAGUGCAAAAACUAUUCUUUGAGAAACAAAUCCUUUCUACUCCAUGAUAUAGUAAGAUACAACAACACACACAGAAGUAAGACCAAAGAUAUCAUUACUGUCAUUAUUGAUGGUAAUGACUGUCAAUUAUUUGGCAGUGAUGAUGGUGUUUGAUUAUGGUAGCAUGUGACAACUAAUACUAGUUUUUCAUUUUUUUUACCAGUUAGCGUUUUUAGGCUGUAAAUCAUUAUAUCACGUAGCAAUUUGCUGCAUAUGUGUAGCUAAUGUUUUAAGAUAUUUAUCGUAUUGGCCUCACAAUACAGAUGCCUAACCCUUGUGAAGAAAGAUGAAUGCUUUAUCUCGAGGGACUACAAAUGUAAAUCCUGCUCGGUGUGGCGGUAACACGGGCGGUUGGCUGUUCUGUUGACUGUCAUUUCAUGUUUGAAAUAAGCCAGUAUGCCCUCUUGUCAAACUCUCGCAUAUUACUGUCACGUUGCCUUGAAAGACAAGGUGUGAUUGACAGAUUUUGCAGGCUGUGUUUUAGGACAUGCUGGCCAUGUUGCUAUGUUCCUUUUUAUCCGUCACUCCCCCGUCCCAGUUUUUACACGUGCCACACACAGAUAAACAGGACUCGGGAUGUGUUCCUCCUCAUAAAUUUGGUGUUGGAUGUUUUGUUUCACUGCCCGGUCCCCAUCACUGUCGCACAUGUGCCACCCAGUAGAGAACGCAAGGCUGCAAGAUGUACUUUGUGAAAUGAUGUACUGUGAAAUCAUGGAAUUAUGUCCGUUCACAGCUUAAAAAUACACGCAAUGAUGUCACCAACUAAUGGUAAACAAUUCAAUUCAACUAAUUUUGGUAAUUUGUUUUGUCAUUGGUUUGCAACUGAAAUGCACAUGCUGUGUGAAUCAGCUGUUGAAUGUUGACAUCUCUCAAGGAUGUUUAUAACAGAGGUAUCAAUUAAGGAGCUCUCUCAAGGAGGAUUAUUUCAGUGACAUUCAAGUGCAGUAAAGACGUGACUAAGGCACGUACUAGCAGACAGCAUAUGAGAGAAAGUCUGUCUGAGAUAAGGCUGCACGAUAUUGGAAAAAAAUAAUAUUGCGAUUUUUUUCAACCCUGCGAUAUAUAUUGCGAUAUUAAAAAUACAGGAAUUUUCACCAGAUGACCUGAAUAGCAUUUAAUGUUAUACUGCACUGCUGAAAUCUUGAGGACAGUUACCCUGCACUGAUCUUACCUCUUUUUGUGAAUGUUAAAAUGGCUUCUGUCUCAGAGAUAUUUUUAGCUUUUAUUGUGCUGGGACGUUAUUGUGGCAACAGAUUAACACAGAACACGUGUUUUGGUCCUUCUUUUAACCGAAAUAAUUCCAGAUAACUGACUUUCCUUUUCUUUUGGGCAACAAAUCUUCAUUUUCGGUGGUUUUCGCUUGUUCGUUGCUCAUUUUGCGAUCGUUGUUGUUGUUGUUAGCGGUGUUGUGCCGAGAAACGCAUGUCCUCCGAGAAUUGCAUGCACCUCGCAAAACGCGCACCGCUUAUAGUAGAGUGGUCCACGGAAAUGUACAAUUUAAAACCCAUACAGUUCUUAUUUGUUGGGCUAAACAGUCAUGAGUAAAGUUCCGAAAGUAAUUCUCAGCGGACACGUCUCCCUCCAUGUGCAGAACAUGUGCAGGGGUGGGUUUCCUCCUCUCUGAUUUUGAUUGACAGCUGGCAGGGUAGUCUGAUUGGCAACUGAGAAGUGAGUCUGAUUGGCACCUGAGUUAAGGACGAAUGUGAUUGGUGGAUCGCUGCAAAGCACAUGCAGAGUCACAUGCAGUGUGUCUCAGUCAGUUACCCUUGAAAUUAAAUGAGUUCAUUCACCUCCAAUAUCGCAGGCUCUGCGAUGUGACUAUCGCACACACGUACAUCGCGAUGACGAUAGUCAAACGAUAUAUCGUGCAGGCCUAGUCUGAGACAUGGGCGUUCAUUACAUGGAGGCUUUAUUGAAACUGCUUGUAUUGAAUCAUGCCACUGUCUGUACCAGGAAUGUAAUUACUGAUGGAUUUCCAGUCCUUUUAACCAAACAGCCCAUCACUUUGUAGAUUUCAUUGUCAUAUUUUUGAACCCUCAUUUGUUCAUUUUACUUUUGAGAUCUAGCUGCCUUGUGACUCCCGUGCAGACUUCUGAGACCAGGGCACCGUGACUUGAGGGGUGGCUGUUAUCACCUUGUGAAGUGACAUCUGUGUCACUGUGCCUUUUCUCCCCAGAUGCCCAGCCAGUUAGAAGUCGAGUUCGAGCCCCUGCUCUUGAGUAGUCGGGAGGUAAAUGACAUGUUGCCAGAUAGCUUGUGCAGUGCUCAGUGUCCAGGAAUGUUACUGUAGCUGUGGUAAGCUGUCACAGGCCGGAAUCCAGUGACUGUUGUUAGCUGGUGCCUAGGCCUGGCUGUCAGCUAUGCCAUGCUGCUCAGUGGAGCGUGCCUAGACUGAUAAUACGGCUAUUGAGAAGGGUUACAACACCCUCACACACCCCUGGAUUUAGAAAGCAUUUUCUGUCCAGCUGUGGCAUACCAGUGGGAAAAAGAUCUAAAUCUUCAAACAUAAUUGUGCAUAUGAUGCAUGUUGAAGUGCUGGGUGGGCUUAGGCUUCCUCAGAUUGUUGGAGAAUCAGUAGGUGUUUUGCUCGGGUCAAUAUAUUUCCUGAAUAAAUCUUCGAAAUUGUGUUGUCUUGACCAUAUAGGCAUCCUGAAGUUGAGCGAACGUUUCUUCUGGUCUUGUCGAAGACUUAACUCAGCUGUCUCUGCCUGCUUGUGUCCUUGUUCCCUCUGUCCUGUCCUUCCUUCUCUGUCUGUGUCAUUGUUGCCCUGCUGUUUAUUGUAUUCCUGUGUGAUAUACAUUUUAAUCAUUUCAUUGUGUGCUCUUGGUGGGCCACAGGUAAGCGUUAGAUGAAUGGAAGUUUAUUAAUGGAGUACUGAUCACUAUCUGCCCUCUGAAAAUGGCCUUAUUGAUUUUGAUCAUGGGGGGAAUAAUAGCCUGAAGGUGUGGUCUGUCUUUGAGGUCUGUGUUUCAGUCAUUUGCACAAACUGCUUAAGUUCCCAGCUGGGGUGAAUUGGUAAGACUCUGCGUGUGAUUUCUGUUCUACAAAUCUGACAUUGGUCUUUUUAAAGCUCUUUUUGCCUUGAGCUAUUUGAUCUGUAAUUGCUGUAUGCCCAUUUAUAGUUUACUCUUUACGCUUUUGACUACCUCAUGAACUACAGUUUAACUAUCAGCAAGUGCUACAAUGUCAUUGAGCAGAUGCUUUUGUCCAGAGUGACUCACAUUCGACAUUUGAGUGUAGGUACAGCACAAGCAAAGAUCUGGAUGAAAGGAAACUGCAUGAGUAAGAGCCACAAGCUGCUUCAAGUCUAAUGGAUGCACGGCUGUUGUGUUUGAGGAGCCAAGCUCAUAAUCAAAAAGUCAAGCUUGGUUAAGUGAGCAGUCGAUCAAAAAUGUCUCUGCAAUAAUUUCUUUUUUGGUCAGUUUUGCUGUAGUUAAUAAAAAAUUCAAUUGCUGCAGAAUGAGAGGAUUGAUGCAUUUCUUUGUGAGGCAUCAUGACGAGCUGAGUAUUUUGAAGGGCUAGUUCGUUUUUUUACAAGUGGGGUUGUAUGAAGAUGCCAGAGGUACUUGCAUUAUCCACAGAGGAUCUUGUUCGGCUCAGCCCGUUAUUAAGAAUCUGGCUGUAAAACGGACACAGUAUCAACAAGUCAACCACACAGUAUGGUAGGUUACCGCACAACUACACGUGACGUCACCUCACCCCAACUUUUGCUCAGAUGGACACAAUGGCCGCUGCAGUGGUACCUAAACUAGAUAAAACUCUUCUCCUCGGGGAACAUUUCAGGUUUUGGCUAAAUGAGCUGCGAGAACCAGCAAGUUUAGAUGUGGCAUUCUGCAAUCUACGAAGUGCUCCGAGAUGAUCCCCGCGAAAUGAGGAAACAAAUUGAAUUUGAUCUCACAUAGCAAGUUACCAUUUAGCUUGUGAGGCAAAGCUGCUGCCCUCUCCAGCACAGACCACCAACAAUAGGACUUCUCUGAAAAACCUAAUGCAAAAAUCGAUGGAAGUUAAUGCCACGGUUAAAUCUGUAGAAAACCCUGUUCCACUUCCCUCCUGCUGCGACGGAGAGGCUCCCCACAACCAAACAAAGCUCCAACAAAAGAUCUAAUCCGAACACAUUUUAUCUAUAAAGACUCACAGAUGACUUUAAAUCUACAAAGAUUAUACGAACUUGCUCAAACUGUCUACGAUCCAUCUUACUAUCAAUGAGUCCUUCCCCUUUCUCAGGCAAGUGACCUCAGCUUGAAUGCUGAUGGGAAUCACUAGUGGCUUCACAGACUUGAGCAAAGCAGUCAUAGACUUGAUUAGCUCAUCAAUAUUCUGAGGGGAGAGAAUUUAUGUGUUGCAUCUGGGAAUAAAGUAAAAUAACAAAUGAGCUUUCUGACAGCAAAGUAAAGCACUUAAAACAUUUCUAAAAGGAGCAUACACUUACACCGACAUUAGUGUUCGGGUGGUGGCUAAAUUUUGUGGUAAAGGUGACCCUUUGUGCAGUGAUUGAUAGCUUUGCUUCCAUGUCAACCCUCCUGAAAGUUUCCCGACGAAGGGUGUCAAGCAGACUGACAUCCUCUGUAAGUGAUAGAAUUACUCAUGACAAGAACCUCAUACAACCCCGUUCAAGAAAUAAAAUAAUCAUAUUCAAUACAGAAUAAAACAUAAUACAAUAAAAAUGACAAUCCAUUCAAGAUACAUGACUGCAACUUAGAUGGCAUUACAUUUAUCUUAUUUAUCCAAAAAGCGGUCUUUGAAAGUAAUCCUUAUACCAAAAGAUAAGCCCAUUUUAAUUUAUAAAAAUAAUUUAUAAAAUAAUAGAUCAAAGGAAAAAAAAACAGUAUAAACUACAAUUUUACCUGCAAAAAAAAGAUAAUAUUCAAAAUAAAGUCAAAUCUUGGAAUCGUCUGUAGAGUUUUUCCAGAGUUUUUUGGUAUCUGAAAUUAAAAGCUGACCUUUUUAAAGAGAUGAGUUUUCUAAGUGGUUAAUAGAUAUGUGGAUAAUUGUUAGUGCAUUUGUAUAGAAAAUAAAGUGGGACAUUGCCACUGUGUCCUCCGAGCAAAGAAGUAUCUUGUUGUGAUGGAAAUAAUUUUCAGUUGCAACCCCUUUUGGAGGAAAUUUUAUAAACUGCUGUGUACUCGGCUGAGGUUUUAUGUGUUAAAUGCUUUAUAUGCUGAAAGGGUGACAGUUGCUGCUGAUGGGUUGCAGUUAUAACCACCAUUCCCUCUGCUUCACACCCAUUUUAUGGCGGUGUUUUUCAGUAUGUCUCUUUGAUAGGCUCGAUAAGCUUCAUUAUAACUGACAACGCAGCCGGCACUGGUCCUGUAAAAUAACAAGUCUUUUCAAGCUUCAAGAAUUUUCUUUUUAAACUUGCUCAGUGUAGCUCAUUGAUUUCGUACUGAGCUUUGAACACUGUCAAAACUCUUCUAAGCAUGCUGCACAACAAUAUUGUGGCAUAACACUGGCCGGGCACGGACGCCUUCUUUGCCUGCAGCCCUGUGAAAAUGUCUCACAGUUGGCCUCUGACACCCAGUGACUUAGGCUGUGAAAGAGACAUUCAUUUUGAUGAAAAAAAACACUAAUUUUGGUUUGCCUCAUCUAUUGGUGUAAGUGUUUCACUGAAGCAUCUGCAAAAUGUUUAGGACAUGAUGGAGAUGCUGAAAAGCCUCAAAUCUGCACUGGAUGUCAGGCAUCAUGGUAAUGUGGUAUUAAUGCAGAGUCAGAAUGGCACUGGCACUGUUAUAAGGUUAGGGUAGUAUCCUUUCAAACAUAAAAAAAAACAUGUUUGAAAAUGUUAUAAGAAGGCAUUUUUGAUAUCUCCAGAGUUGAACACGACACCUUUAGAUUGAAGGUGUCUAUCUCUCUGUAGCACUGUCAGGACUUGAACAGGUUUAAACCCGAUUGUUGACUUAUUGACUCACAGCUCCUGUAAGUAGUCCUCGAAGUGUACAUACAUUAGACAGAGAGUGCUCGUGGGCACGCAUGAUACCAGCAUUAGCAGGAGUUGGGUCGUGUGUUCACUGGCAUCGUCACUAACGCUUUAGUUUCACAGGUUGUCAGAUCACCAGCCUCUAAGGAGUAGAUUCUGCUGAUGGCUGCUGAUGUUUCAUUCACUCAUAUAGGCUGCUUGGAUUUUAUUAGUCACUGAAGCUUCUCACUUCAGUCAAGCUUGUAGCUUGGCAACAUUAACUUACAGUUAAACUGAUCAGGAGGAAUGCUUUCUACCACUUGUUUCUAUGGAUUUAUGUUGAGUAGAAGUACAACCUAAAUUUGUCAAACAAUUAUCUUAAGUGAAAUAUAAUUAGUUGUUUUACCAAUAAGCAAAAACCUUGUGCAAGUAAAUGCAUAUGACUGGUGCAUAUUUAAAAAUUAAGUUUGUUUAGGUUUGUGAUUUGAAUGCAUUUGAGUAAUGAAAAGCCUUAAAAAUAACAUCCAUAUUACAUCCGCAAUCCCAUUAGAGUUGGGAAACGUAGUAAAAUGUGUAUUAAAAACAAAAUUGGAGAUUCAUAAAUAAUUCAAAGCUUGUAUUUGAUGUCAAAUAGUGCAAAGACAACAAAUCAGAUAUAGCAACGUACAAGUUUUAUUAUUCUCUGGGAAAUAUAUUUUCAUUUUUAAAUUUAAUGCCAGCUACUCAUUUCCGAAGGACAGGGAGAUGUUUUAUCGUUUUUGAUGUAUCACCUUUUCCUCGAACAUCCCUCUCAGGGUUUUGUGAAACAGGAAAAGACCAGUUUCUGGGGUUUGAAAGUUAAAUGUAGAAUUGCCUGAGAUAGAUUUGAGUUGCUCAAGAAUCUCCUUAGAGAUUUUUUUUUUUGGUCAUGAGGCACCAAAUAUUUUCAAACCUGUAGGCAGUCCAGUAUUUCACCUGGACUCUUCUGAUACAGAGACAUGCUGUUGGAUCAAGUGGCAUCUAUGAUUUCCAAAAAAGAAUCACAUUUGACUGAUGAGGCCACAGGAAAGUUUUCUGCCUCGCCUCAGUCUAUGUUCGAGGAAGUCAGGCUCAGAGAGCCGGGCAGCAUUCCAGGGUCAGGUCCAUGUACGGUUUCCACUUUGCAUGGUCCAGUUUUUUGCAUUUGUGGAUGCAGCAAUGAUCUUUGUUCAUAGACAGCAGGUUUUCGGACAGGAUUUUGGGCCCAUGCAGUGAUUUCCACCACAGAGUCAUGCCUUUUUUUGAUGUAGUGCUGCUUGAGGUCAGAGAUCACAACCACCUACAGUUGUAUCGAUUUUCUGCCUGGUCCCUUUUAGCGCAGAGAUUUUCCAAGGUUCUUUGACUCUUCAGAUGAUACUAUGUACUCGGAUUGAUACAAUUCUCAAGCUCUGUGUGGUUAUACUCAGGAGCAUUAUUCUGGAUUUACUGAAAUAUGUACUCACCUGACCUCUCUCCUCUUUACCUCUGGGAGACUGCAUCUCUGUAAUGCCCUUUUAUAUCCAGUCAUGUCACUAACGUUAUGCAAAUUAAUGUAAUUAUUUGAACUUUUGUUAUUUGUAUCAAAUUUAGAAGUUUUUAGUUUUAACACUUGAUUUGUUUUUAAUUAUAUACAGGCUUGAAGUGAUUCACAAACCAUCAAAUUCUGUUUUCAGCAUCAUUUUACUUAAUAUCUCAAGUCUGAAGAAAUUAAGGUUGUGUUACACGUAAACUUAUUAUUAAAACUGCCAUCUGUAAUGGAGACAUUUCCAGGAGUAAUCCUCCAUAACACAGUCUCUUAUCUGAGUAACGGCUGUUUUGCUCUAUUUUCUUUAGAUUUAGUGUUUUUGAUAAAAAAAAAAAAAAAAACAGAUUAAACUCAAGCAUAGCGUUAUCAUUUUAGUUUGUGUUAUUUCAAGAGUGAUAGCAGUCUGUCUUGCCUGGAUGAGUAAGUAUAAUUUCUGUAAUGUUCAUAGCAAAUGUAUGACUAAUGUUUGACUAACGUUAUUUCAGCGAGGUUGGAGCCUACAUCUUUAAAGCCUAGUGUUGAUGUUCAGUAACAUCUCAUUCCUAUGCAGCACGUAUUCAUGUCAUGCAAGCUUUAAUGUAGAUGGUUGAUGGUUGCAUUGCACGCAGCAAAUUAUAUCUGCUCAAGUUGAAGCUGUUAAAAUUCAGGUGAAACGCUCCUCUACAUCUCUUCUGACUCGCAUGUCUGAGAGAGAUGGAAAUGAAACAAAGGCUGAAAGGAGAUGGUAUGGAAGGUAAUAAGAAAACAGUGAGUUUCAGCUUUAAAAUAGAGUCGCCUUCUACUCUUCGGUGAAGGAAUUCAUCAGUUUCAUGGGUUUUCUUGUGGUCAGAACACACAGAAAGCAGUCCUUUUGGUCAAAGUCAAGACAUCAAUUAACUUAGUUUCUAAAUAGAGCCUCCUGUAUUUUAUAUAAAAGUGUGCGCUGUUGCAAAACCACACCAUGAAAUUGAGCUUUUACUCUGUGAUUCUUACAUAGACAGUUAAAAGAAAUAAAGUGUAUUUGAGUCUUUUUUUUUUUUUUUUUUUUUAAAUUUUACCCUUGCAUAAUUGAAUUUGAUGCCACGGCAGUCUGUUGUAUUCCUACUGAAACCCUAUUGUUGUCUCUGAAAGCUCAUUAUUGUCUGAACUGCUUACCCUGUUCAGUUUCUUGGUGUCUGGAGUUAGUCCCAGCACACAGGUGGUAAAAGAAAAAAGACAAAAACAUCCUUUAUGAAAGCUCGUCUUUGAAAGCGCCAUAGAGAAGGUAUUUAGCAAGAUGGUAACAACUGGUGAGUCUAACUGCCGCUAAAUUAGCGCUCACUUGUCUUUUUUUUUUUACCAGAGUACACUUCAGAACUAAAAGAAAAUAAUUCAUCUUGCUGCUUGUCAUCUGAUGUUUUCCCCAGCCUCAAUAGAGCUGAACUACAUUGAAGGAGAGUGGACAACAUAAGUGCUUGUCAUCUCGUUGGCUCUGGAUCUGUAAAUGCAAGCACAGUCUUGCUGUUAUAGAGUCCUUUUUUUCUAAGUUUGUUUUGGCUGUGCUUCCACUGAAGUAAACUAUUUACGGAUUUACUGUCUUGUUCAUAAUGUGAGCCUACAAAGUCCAUUUGUGUGCUCAGUCAACUGUGCAGACCCAUCCAAUACAGGACGAAGAAUGGUGCCGGACAAACGAGACAGUGAGCCCUUUGUAGUGGCUUUGACCCCUUUUUUUCUUUUCCUUUUUUUUCAGAGCGCUGUGUGUUCAUGUCCAUGUGCAGGCACACAUUAUUACCAGACAUUGUGAGGUGUCUGUGUCUUUGUCACUCUGUAUGACACGUGCUGACCUGUAGCGUGUAGAUAAGUGCAUCAGACUGUUGCCGCUCUGCUCUGCUCUCCUCUUUGUCUAAAAUAAAAAUUUCUGAGGGGUUAAACCUGUAAGUCUGGAACAGGCUGCUCUAAGAUACCUCCUGCCAUCCCUGAUAGACUCCCACUAGCACUGCUACAUCUUCUACAUCAAUACCAAUGCCACAUCUAAAAGUGAAUAGUAACAAUAGUCACAAAAUACAUGGGGGAAAAAAUGCAAAGUUCAACUUAAAGCGGUGUUUCUCAAUCCAGUCCUCAAGCCCUCCCUGUCCUGCAUGUUUUGGAUGUUUCCCUGCUCCAGCACACCUGAUUCAAAUGAUCAGCUCGUUAUCAAGCUCUGUAAUGGCAUAAUAACGAGCUGAUCAUUUGAAUCAGGUGUGCUGGAGCAGGGAAACGUCCAAAACAUGCAGGACAGGGGGGGCUCGAGGACUGGAUCGAGAAGCACUGACUUAAGGCAAGUCUAGUGCUUGCUUUACUGAACAGUAGUGGCCAAAAACAUAGACGUAGCCACGAAGUAUGAUUGUCGUGUACUUUAGUUAGUUGUCUGUGUCACUAAAAGGGACCAGAUGAACACAGGUUUUAAAAUUCAUUUUGAACAUAACAGUUUUAUUUGUUUUGAGUGUGCAAGCCUGUCACAGUCAAGGAAGGAUCUUUCUAUCGGUUCAAAUCAGAUGGUGUUUUUUUAACAGUUAAGAUUAAAUUAUUUGUUUUGAUGUAUUAUUUGUUUGUUUUGUUUAUGUUGCGAUUAUUAUUAUGAUUAUUGUUAUUAUCAACUGGAAGCAGGUAAAUAAAUUAUUGAUGAUUCAUGCAAGGUGAAGAGGUGGGACUAGACAAGUUUCGACUUGCUCCCACUCCAUUUUGAACAUGCAAAUGACGAAAUUAUUUGACUGUCUGUUUGUGUUUUCUGUCUGUUUUUUUGUGUUUAUGUCUUUACUUUGUACCAUGUUUAAUAGUUGUUCAUGUUUCAAAAAAUUCUAUUAAAAAAAGAUUUCAUCAGAAGAUUCACUUUACACAAUUAAAACAAAUUUUUUUUUUUUCUGUUUUGUCCCAUUUUAGGCGAGUCCAUGCGGCAGGCCUCUGGAGAGUUUGCAGAAGACCCCUGCUCAUCUGUGAAGAGAGGCAACAUGGUUCGUGCUGCCAGGGCCCUCCUGUCAGCAGUCACUCAUCUUCUGGUGCUGGCAGACAUGUCGGAUGUCUACAAACUUCUAGUACAGCUUAAGCUGGUGAGAUAGUAACCUUUGCUGCAGUCACACUGUGGCAAGUUUCUUUGAUACUGCAUUGGUCUCUACUCACACAUACUACAAGUUGACCGAUUAAGAUUGAGGUACUGAGUUGAUUCACUAAUUUUAAAUGGACUUAAUAAUCCAAUUCAUUCAUUAGUGAAAAAAUUGUGUAAUGAUGCUGGGAUAAUCUGUGCUCUUGUGUUUUUGGGUCAUUGCUGUUUGGAAGUUACAGACAUACUAUUUGCAGUGCAGUGAUCCUGUCAUCUACCAUUCCUACUACUUUUAAUCUCUUUGUCAGUUGCUCACUCAGAAACAUUUGAGGACCAGGGGAAGCUGAGCACAAGCGCUGAGCGUAGAUAAUCGAGUAAAACCAAAUGGGCCAGAUUUUUGGAAUAGCUCUUCCGUGUUACCAUGUCACAGCAAUUAGCCCAUGCUUGCCUGGGUAUAAGGAGGGGAGGGUAUCAUCUUCCUUUUGUGACUGUUUUUAUCUCUCCCACUGACAUUUUCAAUAUUCUCCUCAUACCCCUCAAAUAUUUUAAAACGAAAAACGUUUCCUCUUUGGCUUUAUUUAAUUUUUAAUUCCUCUCCUAAUUGAUUUACUCUCUACCAACUAAAACUAUUUCCAAGGAUCCCGAGCUAAGGCUAAUUUGAAUCACAUCUUCAGUUAUUGGUUGGUUUAAUUGCAGUUUGGAUUAUUGUGUUGUGCACUUUUGAUGUUUUUCAGUUCUAACUCACAUCUGCGCUUUAAAGAGAAAUGCAAUCUCGCAGUGAGGAUUUGUCUAACUUAUUUUUAUCUGCUGGUCUCAGGUGGAGGAUAACCUGGUGAAAGUGCGCAACGCUGGAACAGAGCAGGACCUUGGAAUCCAAUACAAGGCCUUGAAGCCUGAGGUGGACAAGCUGAACCUCAUGGCUUCAAAGCGGCAGCAGGUAUCGUAUAAUUUGCUGCAUAGAGAAUCAAAACAAAGUAAGAACCUGGCAGCACUGUAUGAUAGAGAACUUGCAGAGGAGCUGUGGAAGGUUAUCUCGCAUGUUAUGAGUCAUAUCAAAACAUCCCUCUCGUCUAAAUAGCUAAUAGAAAGAAAAACAGGAAGGAAGGAAAAGCGGAAGAUAAAUGCUGCAUGAUUAAGUCCAAGUGUGGGUGGUUAGAUGCAGUUUGCAUGAACAAGGUGUUUUGCGCCAAUAUCAGUGAAGUGGUCUUGGAGUGCAGGAAGCACAAAGGCUUGACUAAAUGUGACAGCACCAAUUUCAUUUUGAUGAGAAGUGUAGCAUUGUGUUUCUCCAUGAAGGUGUGGGUGGUAGCCAAGAGCGAAGUGCAGUUUACAGUGUGUUUCCCAAACAGAACAACUUGUUAAGCCUCUUGGUGAACAUCCAGAAUUGCGCAUUCCUGUAAUUACAAGGAACAACUAAAGCUUACUGAAAUAAGAUCUAAUUUGAAAUUGAAUAGCUGUAUCCUGAUAUGAUUAUGCCACAAAUAUAAUAAACUCGCAAUAAAAAGUUGACAACAGCUGCCAUUUCUUAAUUGGUGCGCACAGAAACUAACCAAAAAAUCAGGUGUGGGUGUAUUUUGUUCAUUAAAAUCUACCUGGCAGAGCCCUGCACAGGCCGUGUUAUGAUAUGACUUUCUCAGAGUGAUUUUUCUGUUGAUCCUAAAUUUGAGUCUUGGUUGGGAUAAGGGGACAAAAUUUGAAUUCUAACUGCAGUGAGCUCUUAUAACUCGUCAUAUACAGUUUACCAGCCCACCCAGACUGUCUGAAGUCUUAUGGUUUUUAAUCCAGCAGAGGGUGCUCUCAUUGUAACCUGACCAUCUCAUUCACUCUUCAUCUUCGUUGAUAAAUACAGUAAUGGUUUAUACAGAAAUAGCGGUCCUUCUGGUGUCUUAUAUGGGGCACCAGAAUAUCAAGGAAAUACCUUGUUGGGGUAUUUUAGGUUCUGCACUGCAGAUAGCAUAAUACAGGACAAAGACAGGGCCGCUGUUGUCAUUGACAACACCUCUAAGGGCAGCAGAGAAGGCGCCACAGUCUAGUAGCACAUCAUCAUCAUCAUCAAAAUAAUACAUUUGUUGUUUUUUUGUAUGACACAUAUUUGCCAAAGUUUGUUUUAUUAAGAUAAUAAAACCUAAAAUAUAAACUUAAAAGAGUUGGCCGGGGUAACACUUGAAGAAAAGUUUGGAUCCAUUUUUCACUAAUUGAAGACUGAACAAAGUUAGUGUAAAGUUUUGAUCCUGAGAAAACAGCUUCAGCUGAGCAUUACCACUGUAAUAGCAAACAGCUCUUAAUUAUGUGACUAUUACAGAACAAGCAUUUAACAACCAGGUUGUGCAUAACCCUCUCAAAUUGACGAGCCAAACUGUAAAACCUUUGGCAUUUGGCACGUUUUAGAUGUUGAUAUUGGAGGCUUUGUGUUCAACUCGAUAAAACUGCUGAAUGGAGUAAAGAAAAUGUUGAAUGUCUGUGCUGGUUUCAGGGGUUUAAAUCUAUUUGAACUCACCAGAUCAUGAUCUGCUUUUGGUUAAACUAAUCUUUUUAUCUUAAAGAGAAGUGACGGCCUUAUUCUUCACAGUCCUCUCAUAAUCUAAGAGUAGUUGCUGCAUCAGAAGUUUGGAAACCUUUCUCUGAUGCACAUCUCCCAUCUAGAAAGUGGAUAAUAGAAUUGUGAUCCUGGAUAUAGUAACAUUAAGUUGAAUAAUGGUUUGAAUGAUACUGUAUUACAUACAUUUAUUGUAACACCGUGAAGCACCAGCUCAUGCUUUUAAAGUCUUUAAACAUCUCCACACUCAACUACCUCUAUUUAAGAUGCAAAACUUACCAAUUAAUCGCAGACGAUUCUGAAAGUAAAUGACUCCUACUUGUCGUUUCUGUGGACAGCAGAAUGUGUUUAACCAAAGUCAUGCUGAAAGUAAUGGGGCUUACUGGCUGUUUGUUUCUCAGUGAAUGUCUGAGGAAUUAGGGGGUGUAGUGGAGGGGAGGUUUCAGUCUUGUGUGUGCAAGCCUUUUUUUUAAUGUCAUAAAUCUAUGCCAGUGAUCACUAUCUCCCCUCCACCCUCCUAUGAAGAUGUAAUUGCAAUAUAAUGCUGAGGUCUGAAUAGCAAAGCAUUAAAUUGCAAAGGCGUAUUAUAAUGGCCUGAUUAUGACUGUGUUGUGUUACCGCAGGGGACAGAAAUAAAUCUGGGUCAUCCAGAACAAACUCUGUCGCACUUAGUGUCUCUGUAAGGGUAUGACUUGCCCAUUCUGAAUUUAAAGUAGAUUACUACCCAGCCCCCCUGUAAGUAUUCCAUUUUCCAGCAAACCUUUUUUUUUAAAUUCUUUAUUUAACGCUCCUUUUCAUCUCAUCCUGCCAGGAGCUAAAGGACGUCCACCACAAGGACCAAAUGGCUGCCGCCCGCGGGGUUCUACAGAGGAACAUCCCCAUGCUGUACACCGCGUCCCGUGCCUGCCUGCAGCACCCUGACGUGGCAGCCUACAAGGCUAACCGUGACCUGAUCUACAAGCAGCUGCAGCAUGCUGUCUCAGGCAUCUCUAACGCUGCCCAGGCCACUUCCACUGAAGAUUCAGCACUCAGUCAGCCAGCAGGAGGUGGAGAGCUCGCCUACGCCCUCAACAAUUUUGAUGUAAGUCAAAUGAGUGUUUUACAAGCCACAGCCUAGGUGCAUUUUUCAAUCGUCCAGCCUCUCAUACAGUUCUGCGACAGACUAAGAAAUAUCAUGCACUUUAUUGUCAACAACAAUUCAUUCCAACAACAGCUCAGCUCAAAAGGUAGAAUAAAAUAAGAGUUUUUGUAUAAGCUACACGAGGAUCUGCUCAGGAAGGUUACUCUCAGGACAUUUUCUACUUUACAGAACUUAAACAACUGAAUCAUGAAAUGACCAAAACCCUAGAAGGGCUUGAGGAAGAGGUGGAAAUUAGGACGAGAUAUGUUAACAAAUUGGGACAUGGCUUUGGGACACUCAGAACAAGUUCUUGAGUCAUUGCUUCUUCAGUUCUUGAUAACUGUAUGUCAAAUGAAGGAGAGUUUACCCGCUGUGGCUUCCAGAAAAAAACCUUAGUAAGAGAGCCAAUGUAGAUGAAGCUUAACUUUUUAGCUAGCUUGCUCUGCUGUAGAAUUAAAAGUACAGAGGAAGCAUUUAAUUUUCACUAGAAGCAAAGCACGGCUGCAACAAUGAUAGUGUUUUUCAUUUUCAUUUCAGAAGGUUUUACUCAAAGUCCUUAUGAUGCAGACUCAAGAGUAAUUUAUUUUGGCAUUUGGCAAGAGUAAGAGCCCUAAUCAACGAAAAAAGCAUUGCAUAUUGCUCUCUUACCCCUCUUACAUUAGUGCUCUAAACCUUUGUAUUUCUAUUAAAGUCACUUAGUGUUUACUCAAGCGACUGUAUGUGCGGCAUGUCCCUGAAACCCUCAGCUGACUCAGAUGCACUAGUUUUUAUUUUAUUUUAUUUCUCUCUUGUGCUCUAAAUCUCUUUACUUGCUGCCACAGGGUUAAACUGUGUUAAACAUUUUAUUUUUUAAUGUAAUAAAAGAUAAUUCUAAGUGUUUGGUUAAAAAGAAAAUGUACAUAUAUGCAUAAUGCCAGUCAUCAUAAUAUUGAAAUAAAACAAGACUAAGAAAACAGCUGGGUAAAACAUUGAAUUAAUCUCAUUCAUGCACCACAGGGUGCUGCAAAGAUCAUUAACUGGAUCUUUUUUCUUUUUUCAUCUGCCAUUGAUUUCAGUCAGAUGUGCAGAGAACCUUUUUGUUUACAGAUCUGUUUAUAAGCAGAGAGCUGAACACACCACUGACAAAUGAGACCUUUUCAGUGAGCUCUACAGAAGUUCAGGUUUUCAUUGUAUAGCCUGCACAUUACUCGUCCCAUACUGACCCAUUAUGUUGUCCAAACAGCAGUGUGUUACUGUAGGUCUGAAAUUGUUAACACGUGAUUGAUGAAAUCUUCACUCUCAUAUUUUACUUUCCUUCUGCCAAAUGACACACAGUAAAAUGAAUGAUGGUCUUUUGCAGACAUUUUAAAGGUUCUUUAAAAUCCUCGUAAUUUCUGUUUAGGGAGCGUUGAGAGCAAGUGUUCAAUGAUGGUAGAUAAACAGUCUCAGAUGUAAAUGGUGUAAUUACACAGUUGGAACUCUGUUAGCCAGAUGUCCAGUCUCUCACUUUCAUGUUUACUGUUUUUGAAAACAUGGCUGGGAUGACAGGAUCUGUGUGACUGGCACUCUUUGCAUCUAGGCUAGAAUAACAAAAAGGGAAUACAAAGUACUAAAAAUUUUUUAAAACAAUUAAAAUCAGAGCUGUGAAAGUUUUCUAAAUGUCCUGUCUAAAUUUAGUGACCCCUGUUACCUCACUUAAAUCUUCACAUUUAUGUCCUACCAGGGGGCUGAAGCUGAGUUCAACCUUUUUUAAAAACAAAUUCACUCACUUUGUUUGAAGUGACGUGAAAGCCUGUCUGGAAAAUUGAGCUGUCAGGUCCUAAAAAUCCUCCAUGUUUGAUUUUGAGCCAGACUGUGGAGAUUUGUGAGGGUCAGUGACAAAGCACACAGUUUUUCAAACUCUCAUUUUUUUCUGGCUGUGAUAAACUAACUACUUGCCUUAAAACAGUCACCUACGAGGGUCUUUUCUGUUGCCUAACUUUAAUGCGUUCAAGCUUUUGAUUGAUAAAAUGAACAUAUAACAUGGAAGCUUCUUGAGUCACAUGAUCUCUUUGCUUGUCUACUUCUCUUUAUUUCUCUUGGAGAAUAUGUAAAUAUGUAAUAUUUAGCAGUUCUAAUGAAAAAUUAAGUUAAGGGGGUGGUAUCACGCUCCUCCAUGGUGUCCAUACUUUAUGUAGGCAAAGUUUCAGACCACAAGGUAAAUGUAUCUUGUCACAAUCUUAGAAAAUAUAUAUAAACUGCUCAAAACGGGAGCCUGCGCGAAGACUCGAGACUCACUAAAGUGCUUAUGCAGUUAUUAUAGGCGGUCUUUGCUAGUUCGUCUGUGCUUCCGGCAGCCUGUCUUCAACAGAGUGAGGUGACACCCACUGUGGAGCUGGUAAAUGCUGCUCCACUGCUUUACUGAUUGAACACAAUAGAGGGGGCGGGGCCAAAACGUCAAGAUGUUCCCUUGACCAGCUUUCAGAAAGCCUCCUCAGAGAAUGGCCAAUCAGAGGAAAGUGGGCUCAAGAGGUAUCAGAGAGGAAGUAUGGAGUAUGAAAAAAAUACACAAUGCCUCCUCUUUAAGCUUUUUGCGUAAUAAAUGUAGAGACAUAACAGCACCUGUUAUUGAGUCAGUUUGGCCCUUCAGCAGUCUUAAUACCAUGGACACGAAACUAGGCCAGUUCUGCUCUUAACUAUUUUUAACAAUGUGAACCUGUAGGCCACAGGCAAAAAGAAUUUUAAAAUUUCACUUUGUGGGUUGUUUUAUCCACUAAACUUCCUGCUGAAAUGUCGGAAACAGAUUUACAAGGUUCUGUAUUAUAGAAUCAUCUGAUGUCAGGCUUUUCAGGCUAAGUGGAUUACAGUCAUGGAAAUUUAUGUUAAAGUGUGAGAAACUAUAAAAGCCUCUGUCUCCGAUGACAGCUGGUAAGCCAAAAGAUUAAUCUACAUAAAAUAAGUGUCAACAAUGCAGUCUCUCCGAUGUGUUGCAACAGUGAUUAUUUUCCAGGCAGCCAUGCAGAAAGUCACUCCCUCAAAGACGGGUUCACGGGCCUUUCCAGAGUAGCUACUUUGUGAUGCCUAAUUUCAAGUGCAAAGCAAAAUUAGCAAAUGAGUCAACCCCCCAAAUCUCUCUCUCUCUUUUUCUCUCUCUGGCUCUGUAUUUCCUCCUCCAUGUCUCUCUCGUGCGCCUGUUGCCAUGGUGAUAUGACACGCAAGCAGAGGAGGUCAGAUGAGACCGAGUGGAGGGGGCCGGAGGUGGCUGUGAUAGAGGGCGGGCUGCCUAAUAAACCACACUUCUGACAGCUGAAUUGUUGAAUAUUUUGUAGCUAUAGAGGCCCCUGUGAAAGCCCAGAGUUUGUCUGUCGUUUGGGAAGUUGGCUUUCUUUCUUUCACUGCCACAAGCGUCCCGGUGAUACCUUAACCCUCUGCAGUGCCUCUCCAGCAUGUCAACUAGUUGCCUCUCACAGCAGGCUUGCCCCCGUGAAAUCAGACAUUUAAGUGUUCUCACUCAUCCUGCAGAUAUAAAAGAGAGGAGAGCAAGUUACUGUAGCUCGACUGUGACUCGAAUGAAAGGUAGUGAAGGCCAUUAUAUCGAAUCCUUUCUUAAAAGGGAUUACAUAUUUCUACAUAGUUACAUAUUCAUAGGCUCAUCUGUUUUUUUUAAACUGAUCUCGUCGUCUAAAUUUCUAUAGAACUACUUUUUGUUGAUUCAUUCAUUUGGUAAUUAGCAGAGCCCUGUUUUGACAGUUCCAGAGGACUCUCUAUUAAUCUGCACCUUGUUCUCUGCAGCCAUGGCACUGAGAAAGAGUCUUUUGAAGCUGUAUUUGUAAGUCAUAAAACUGUGUGCCAGCAGGGCAGAUGAGCAGGCACCGUUUUGAAGGAGGUACAAAAAAAUUGCCUUCACAAGUGCUAACUUUGUCUCUCUUUUAUAGACCCAGUCUGACUCAGGUUUUUGGAAAAAGCCACUUUGUUUUUCUGUGUAAGACACACAGUCUUGAGUCCAUAUCAGAGAAGCCCUUGUAAAAUGCAUUUUUAGUGGUUGGUUAUUUUAAACUAUUUGACUUUAAUUUAUUUUCCAUUAACUCAGUUUAACUUUUAAUGAGUAACCUUUUAAAUUAGUCAUACUUUAAUACUACGGAACCAUUUUUAUUCAAUAAUCUUUAUAAUUUUAAAUUUGUGACUUUUCAAGGAAAACAGCACACUGCUCUCAGCUUUGUUCUCAAUUUAUUAGGGGUGGGAAUCACUAGUAGCUCCACAAUAUGAUAUUAUCACAAUACUUAGGCCACAAUAUGAUAUUAUUGUGAUUUUUAACAUUUUGCAAUACAGUGAGUAUUGUGAUAAAAUAUAUUGCAAAUUAUAGCUUAUUAAGCAUUUGGCUUUCUUUACGUUUGUCUUAUUAACACUGUAUUUUAUUUUCAUAAAAGCACAUCUUGCUAACCUUAUAUGUAUUUGUAAUACUUACUUUCUCCUGCCCGAUGAUGUCACCUCUGCCAGCCUCAUUGGACAAACAGUUGAUUUUAUUUUUCCGAUAUCAUUGAUCUGACUUAAUAUUAGUAAUUAAUUUCAAAAAUCGAUACUUGGUAAAUGAGACGAUACGAUAUAUCACCAGACAAAAUAUCGCAAUACUAUGCUGCUUGAUAUUUUUCUCCCACCCCUACAAUUUACACCAAAAGUGAUGUGAGUUUGUGGCUGUGGUUUGUAAGGUACUUUUACUCUUUUGAUCCCUUGACACACAACAAACAGCUGAGCCUAUACUUGAGAUUUUUAAGCCACCAAGCUUGUGAGUGAGUCAGUCAGUCAGUCAGUCAGUCAUUCGGUCGAUUCAGUCCUCCCCCUGUCUGUACAUCUCUCUCUUUGGACUCUUGAGUGUGGGAGAGAUUAGUAUAACAUGAUGACCUCAAGCAUUCUUCUACCGGUGUAAUUUCCCCUCUGACCCUUUCCUUACAGAAACAAAUCAUUGUGGACCCCCUGGCGUUUAGCGAGGAGCGCUUCCGCCCAUCCCUUGAGGAGCGCCUUGAGAGCAUUAUCAGUGGUGCUGCCCUCAUGGCCGACUCAUCAUGCACACGUGAUGACCGCAGGGAGCGCAUCGUGGCAGAAUGCAACUCUGUGCGCCAAGCUCUCCAGGAUCUUCUGUCUGAGUACAUGGGCAAUGUAAGUGUGUUCUCUUUUCAUUUACCUUUGUGUUUGCACCUCAUCAAGAAAAAAACACUUGGAGCCCACUUCUCUGAAAAGCAUUUCUGUUGAAUCAGAUAAACUUUUCAGUUGUAGUUUAGUAUGUAUUUGCCAACAUCUGCAAGAAUGAUGUAGAAGUCAGUGUCAAAGGUCAAACAAUGCCUUCGGUGAAAAUCAUACCAAGAGUAAGAUCUUGCAUUUGUAAAAGCACUUAGCUUUCUUUAUGUUAGGAAUCAUUUUAUUCUGAACGAAUAAGCACCCUACUUAAGUGUAUUUCCUUCAACUGUUGCACUCACCACAACUUAUUAACCUCUCUCUUACUAGUUGCCUUUUUUUUUUUUUUUUUUUAAAGUAAAUAGUAUGUUUGUGAGCAAAUACACGGCUCAUAUCACUUUUUGUAAAUGGCACAGUUUUGCCUUUUACAUAAUCUGUGGAAAUUGACACUGACAGGUCUUGAAGAUAAAAUGAACAGUUGCGAUCUGCAGUGUCUCUUUGUGACAGACAUUGACAUUGUUAGAAUGAACAAUUUCCAAAAGGCUUAUUCUCAACAUAUCAACAAAUGAUUGAUGGAGCUUUGUGCAAGGAAUAAGUAUUACCAUUACAAGCGAAUGCUGUUCAUAUUGAUUGGGAUGUAUUCUUAAUUAAAUAAUGGUUGUGAGACAAGUCUUGGUUUUAAGCUUGUUUACAAUAUCACAAUUACAGUGAUAAACUGGGUCGGAGUGCUUAUUGAUCUCAAGUAAUAUCUACCCUCAGCUAGUGUGUAAGCAACACACCUCGACAGCUCUGCCUUUUGAGUACUCAAAGCUACUGGUUGUUAUGUCAGAGUCAUAGCUGGGUCUAGACUUUGAAGACGCCUCAUAAAAGAGAGAAAGCUUCAUAUAUGGAGAAAGGUUCAGCUGAGACAUUUAACCUCGGGCCCAGUAUUUCCUGUGGGAGUCUCUGAGGUGACAGAAGCCUACAUCUUAAUUGCCUCUGUGACUGUCAGCUUAUGUGACAUGCAUGCUGGUGACAGUUUUUCUAGUUGAGCUGGGAGUUAUGAAAUUUUGGCCUAGACUCCGUUGUGUUAUCUGGCUGGAUUUUAAGCUGUCAUAUUGCAGUCCUUUUUAGAUUGCAUCACCACUGGUUACAAUUCUGUUGUUGUGGCUCUACACAAUCUCUGCUUAGUUUACCUGUUACACUAUAGGGCAUGUUAGAGCCUGAUAAUGAGAUGAAAUGUUACAACGACCCGAAAUGUUGAAAAAAAAAAAAAAAUGAAACAAAGCCCAAAAUGUAAUAACUGGUCAAUAAUGUUACAAAAUGUUGAGCCAGAAACGUGAUCAAAGAAAUGUAAUAAAACCCAAAAUGUAACAUCUUGUUACAUUUGUAACAAGUUGUUACAUUUUGGGCAAAAAGUAAUUACCUUCUGGGUGUAGCAUCAUGUUACAUUAUCCACCAGUUAUUACAUUUCAGGUUUAGUUCAUUGUUACAUUUUGGGUCCUUGUUACAUAUUGGGCUGACCAGACAGGGUUUUCAAAGGCUUGAAAUUUGUUUAAAUCUUUCAAGUCAUUUACACCCAGCUGUAUUUAAUGUAAAUGUACCCAUUAGCUAGAUGAAAUAUCUCACCACAUCAAUUUGUGUUUAUCUUGCCAGCCUCUAUUACAGAAGGAGAUAUUAACACCAUUGAAGGAAAUGGGUUACUUACUGCAGUUACACUGCACAACAGUAAAAUAACAGUAGCCAUCUUAGCCAGCACUUACACAAACAUGAAACAGAUUUAUGAACUAUGUGCUCGGGGGCUGUUAUUUUUGUCUGUGUUAUUCCUUGUUCUAAAGAGAACUUGUAAGACAGGAGAAGUCUCAAUGCAGUUGCUUUGUAACUCUAGCUGCCACUUUCACUUGGUUGUACUUAACUUAUCAGAUCUCAGAAAGCUGUUCAGUCAGCCAAGAUGAAUGGAGUGAGUUACUGUAGUGCAGGUGUUAAUGGGGUCAUUUAAUACUGAGUCUAUUGUAACCAUUUUUGUUCAACAAAUUAUAAGCUUUUAUGUCAUUAAAUUCAGCUGUACUUUUCAAAAUGAGAGGUGUUAUUGGGCAGCCAUCCAGCAGCAUAAAAAAGUCUUUUAUAUCACAAAAUUAUGAACUUGGAUGCUGUCCUACCUUCUAAGAGUUUCCUUCUCUGACCCUUCAGCAAAACAAAUCUGCAGCUGUCCCUAGAUGAUGGUAGUUCAAAUACAUAGCAUAUCACAGUUUUCCUCUCAAAUAAUAUUUAAACCAUUGUUACAUGGUUUUCUUCACUGAAAGGGGGAUACAAUAAUUUGUUCUUAUUUUGGAUUGAAGUGAAAAUAAAAGCAUUUUAUGUCUCAGUAGUUUUCUUUGCAUAAAAAGCACAUUCAACUUUGAAAAAUCAAAUUCUGUGUGGUGUGCUAGGAGGGAAAAUGUGGGCUUAGCUAAAGUAAAUUAUGUGACAGAAAAACAUAUUUGAUCCAGAAUUAACAAACGACGCUGAGUGUGAAUCCAUCCCACACCGUUAAGUCCUCUUAAAUUCCAUCCAGAUUUGUUAUCAGCUGUUACUGACUGCAGAGUCACUUCCAAAGUAAAUCCUUUUCUUCAAAUGAUUAGUCUUCUAAGUCAACAUGUGGAUAAGAAAGGAUAAGAAAAGUUUGUUAGUCAUGUCUGUUCGUGUAUUUAUUCAUGACUCUUUCACUGUAUAAUUUUGGCAACGGGAAAUGUGUUUGCCUUUUUCACCAUCUCUGUGUUUUUAAUUAUUAAUCACUCUGUGAAACAUCAGGUGUUACAUCUUUUUCCCCUCUAAAUGAGACUCUUUAUCUCCUAUAUACCACUUGCACAGAUGCCAGUGUUUCCAUUGAAGUUACAGUUUUUCUUUGGUGUAGCAUGAAUGAGUUUAGGUCAUUAAAAUAUAAUAACUGAAUGAAGAUGUAGUCACUGGAGCUUGUCCAAGAGAUCAGACCAGUAAAAAUAUCCAGCUUUCUGUCCCAAUAAGGAGACCGAGGAAUUCUCCUUUCUCUGUUUGAAACGAUCUCAGUGUAACCCCCUCCUGAAAAUCCAACAUUAUCUAACGGCCCAAUUUCAGUGUGAGCCAGCCAUCCGGAGAAAUUUCAUUGCUGUGGCAAUGCAUUGUUUAUUACUAUCUCUGAGCUCGGACUUUAUGUGUGCUCUGCUAUUCUUGCUGGCUUAUAGAGGUAAAAACAUAAACUGCACAGUUUGCCCAUUUCCUUUCUAAAGCGUUAUAGAGGUCCUGUGGCUGUAAUGGAUCUCUGGUCAGGCAGGAUAUGAUAGUAGCACAAGUGUUAGCUCUCAUCCAUACACUCAGCAGCAGUUCUGCCAGAGCACACAUAUCUGAGGAUGCAAACGCUGUUUUCCAAUUUGUUCAAAUAUCUGCUGUGGGCCUACACUGGCUGAUAAUUUGUAGCUUACAUUGCCUGUCUCAGUACCCACAGUAAUAAUCUCUUUCCAAGCCAAGAGGUAGCCCACUAUUAUCUAAAUACAGUACUUUGUGUCUUACUAAGUUACAUAAUAAAGGCCAAUGGAGGAGUGGCACAGUCAGUGCAUGGCUGCUGGACCAUUGGAUGUAUUUUGGCAGAGUGUUGGGCAGUGGUCUAAGCCUGCCCGCUUAAUAAUUUGGCAAAUGGGUUUUUAUGUGAAUCCAACAAAAAUCUGCAUCUUCUUGGCUCUCGGCCAAACCCUCCAUGCUCUGCCACCAAAAAUCUUUGAAGUAGUUUUUAGGGGAUUAUACAAAGUAACAGAUGAACAACCAGUGCCAAAAAACACUCCCUCCUGUGUCCUGUCCAGAAUAACUGCAUACAGUUCGGUACAUGUCAAACAUGACAAAUUAUUUCUUGUUUCAAAAAUGAAAAGCUACAAUUUAUGGUAUCACUAAAAUUUGGUCAGGCCAGUCUUAUUUCGAUAGAUUUUCCAUAUGUCAUUGAGAAGCUAAUGGCUUAACUUUUUUAUUUUGAUUAAAACAAAAGGUUUAUUCCCUAUUACCCUCACUAUUGAUACUUUGUGUUUAAAAUCAGUAGUUUACAUAGGUUUAAGAAAUAUAACUGUGUAGUCAGGCAGACAUUUGAAUGUGUCUUUAUUAGUAGGAUUUAAAAAUCAUUGUGGAGAAUUAUCACAAGAACCACCCUGAAGUAGAUUAAGUAAAAGCCUGAAACAUAGGAAUAACUUACCUUCUUUACUGUUUUGUAAAUACAUUUUUCACUGCACAUCCAUUGCAACGAUGAUAGGCAGUUACAUAUCACUCAGGUUUGUAUUUCAUUGUCUAUCAGGUCCUGGUAAUGCGGCCUGAGUUUGCUCUCAUUGCUCAUCAAGAGCACUGUCAGUUUAUUUCAAGGUUUCAGGCCGUUCAUGCAACAUUUCUGUUAUGCUUCAAAACAAGUUUUCUACCUCACUGGACUUGCCCACGCCACUCAUGUAACCCUCUACAAGUCGAGAACUUGGUUUACAGAGGGAGACAUCUAGUCAUGGCAGUGACGUUGAGUGGUCAUGACAGGGAUUUUGCCACUCAUUUGGCCAGUUGGAGUAAACAUAUGCCAAACUACAUAUAUCACCGUUCGUGAUGUGCUUUUGAUGGUAUUGUAUAUGAGAACCUUGGCUGACAUGUACAUGGUUAGAGGGAAAGAAGGAUAAUUCAACAUGGUGCCUUGAACCGAUAGCAGAUAGUGUGACAGGUAAGUUUACAGGGUCUGUGAUGAAGGUGGACAGACUUAAGAGACCUCACUGGAGCUCGAUGAGGACGUGUGUGCUGCUUUGCGGCACAGCUGUGACGGUGGUAUGAAAUAUGUAAUUCAUGCAGGAAACAAAAUGACCUCCUUGAGCACAUCAUACUAUAUAAGCCCAUACUAAACAAUGAGUUUGCUGAGGAUAUACUGUAUGUGGCAUAUUGCAUUUGUAGAUGGGGCACUGCAAGUCAUUAAACAGUAUGUUGCCAUUACAGCAUAUGGGUUUACACUCAGCCGAGGCUGUUGGACAGACUCCUAACUCAUUCUCUUUCUUCCUCCCAUCCCUUCUGCUUCUUCAUUCCCUCAGGCUACAAGUUGUGUUUAUCCCUCUUCUCAGCUUUUCUUCCUCUCUUUCAAACUCGUUGAAAGAAAUGUUGUCAGACAUCCGAACCUCACCAUCUUUUUACUGAGCAAUUUCAAGGAUGGGAACUUUUGUAGCUUUGUUCAUAAUGCUGCACUAGCUGCUAAAUAGUCUGCUGUUUAGAGAAUCUGUUGAAACCAGUUUCUUAACACAAUUAUGUAUCUCUGUUACAUGGCAGGCAUGACAAUGGAAAGUUGUUGGUUAGUAUUAGUUAUAGUAUCAAAUAUGCAUAUUUAACAGGUUUUACUAAUGUUUGUUAAACUUUGUUUGGAUAAGACUUGUUAUUAGUUGACUUUAAACGUGUACAGGCUUUUAUAGUUUAAAAAAUAAUGUGUGUUUAUGGCAGGUAAUAACAAAGGUAGUGCUGGGCAAUAAAAUGAUAACGAUAUAUAUUGGAAAUUAAUUUCCCUCAAUAUCAAUAUAAAACAUGGUCAAUAUGCUUUUGAUAGUCGGCAUUCUGCCAUGUUUAGGUAGACUGUACGAAUAGCCAAUGAAAGGGGGAGUUGCUCUGGGUCCGCUUCUUGCUGAACCAAUCAUGUGCUGAAUUAGAACCAAGUAGCAAACAACUGCGUAGUAGCAGGCUGCAGCUACACACAACCAUAGGAUAUGCAAAAGGUUACAAACCCCGAGCAGAGCAAGGAGCCCGUGGCGCCUGUGCAGCCGAAACAGCUGACCAUUCAGUCUGCUUUCUCUAGCUCAACGCCUUACGAAGAAACACAAAGACCUCACAGAUGCAGUAGCUUAUUGUCUCGCAAAAGACAUGCCAUCAAUAACCACUGUUAAAUUUCAUUUUUUAAUCAUGAUAUAUAGAUGAAUAUCGACUGAUAUGAAAAAAAUAUAUUGUGAUGCAUUUUUUCCCAAUUCGCCCAGCCCUAAACACAGGUAAUAGUUGACAAAUCACAUGGUGUGCUGAAAUUUAUUAUUUCUUUUUAAGAUUAUUUUAAAAAGACAUUAUAGUUUACUUAUUCAGUGGUGAAGCACAUUGAGUGGAAGUGUUAUACGGUAGAGGGCUGUUAACUUUGAGGAAUGGGAAGCAGGGUAGUGUAUAUCUUGGGUACAUUUUGUAUUCGAACAACUGAGAUGUCUGCGUUAUCUCCCUUUACUCAUUAGAGAGCGAAUUAUGUGCUCUGCAGUGAUGAUCAUUUAACAAGACCACGACUUGUCUUCUCGACCAGUGAAGGGUAAAGAUGGGAGGGGGAAUAGUUGCCCCAGCCCUGCCACAUAGUGUGACCUCAAUUAUUCCACAUUGUCAUGACAGUUUGACACGGCACGUGUUGAGUGUAACUGGUUCUGCCAUUUUUUUAUUAAUAAUGCAUCUCUAGUUCCAAGCAUCUGUCAGGGUUUUGUUUCAUAUUAGAGAGUGAUGCCUGGUGGCUUUGACAUAUUAAGCUACUGACAUUUAAAUUCUUCAACCUGAGGUGCUACGUUAUCCUUUGGACCCAGAUAAAAAGGACAUCCAUGGACUCUGCAGUGAAACCCCUACGUCUCCCUUCACUUGCAUCUUUUCUGUAUGUCUUAACAUAGUCUUCCCACCCUCUGCUCUUAAGCACAGCAUAGAAACCUAUUUUCUGUUUUCUCAGUGUACACAAUCCUUCUCUUCUUGCUUGUGUCCCUUUCCCUCUUGACAGCUCACUUUUUACCGAUUCCGUCUUUUUGCCCGAGGCAUCUACAAUGAGUGGCAGAAUUUUGCUUUAUCCUUAUUCCUCUGUGCAUGCAGUCAUAUUUUAAACACAUUUUAGGUUGAUGGGAUCCUCAACCUGCUCUUCUUAUUUCAGACCAUUGUGUGCUGUGUGAAACCCUAAUGGAGCAAAUUACAGUUAAAAUCAUUUGGAGUCUAGUUUCCUCUAAUGGGGACACCAGCAGCCAGUUUAUACGGCCCUCAUUCAUCCUGGGGAAAGCUGAUGAAAUAUCCGUCAUGAAAUCAUAUAUCCUUUGGAAAUGUAGAGAAGAAUCAUUAAAAUGAUGCCAAAUACAGUUCUGUAACCAGUCCUGAGGAAAAAGUGGACAAGGUUAAAGCUGAACUGCUAAUCUUAGAUCAACGUGAAAGCAGUUCAAUUUAUCUAGUUGUAAUCUCAUCUAAAUGCAUAAUUAAAACAAAUUACGCCCCAUACAAUGUACACGGAAAAGAUUUAGUGUCCCUGAGGCUUUUCGUGUAUUUACAGCCUCCAUAAAACACUAGUCUGUCAGUAACAGUCUAUCAAGGCAACAUUCCCCAGACCUGGCCCUUGAUCUUUUGCUGCUGGAUUCUCUGCUUUUUGAUUGGACCUGCUGGCAGGUAGAUGAGAUGCACCCUCUUCCCCCCCCCACAACAGCUUAACAGGAUAAAGAGGGCCAUGGCCUCUCAAAUGGACAUUUUGGAAUGGUACCACAGAAGUCCAACUUUAUCUCUUUUCACAGUUGUAUGGGUGAAUAAACUCAGCCCAGGGGAGACAUCCCUGCAGUUUUUUAAAAGCUUGUCUGUGGCUCUUAGUACUGGAUGAUUUCAUUGGAAAAUAUGGCAAGCUGGGCCGUUACAGGUUUAUACAUAUGUAUUUCCUCACAUUAAUAUUUAAUUGUUUGCCUGUCUGAUCUUUUCUCCUUUUGUUUUACAGUCUGUAGCACAGUGUGUUCUCACUAUGUUAGUGCUGCAGAACUGAUUUUAGUAUGCAAUUUGCCUUCUAUCCUGAAAGCUCUCUGUUUUGGCCCUUGGGAUUACUUAAUGCCUCCAAAUAUCCCUUUUGUGCACAGACAGCAGAUGUGACGUUGUAAAAGAGUCCCAUUUAUCCCACAUUCUUGUUUAGAGUUUAGAAUCAUUCGUUCAUAUUUUAUGUAUGAUUUAAAAAUGGUAAGGUGGUGGGUCAUACUUACCAGCAGUUAUAUAUGGGGGCUGCAUUUUAGGCUUUGGGACGUAGAUAGAAAAACCCCAAGCAUACAGCCUGUCAGCAGGAGGGAGAAAUUACCAAUUACAUCGACCCAGAUUACUCUAAUUGAAUUGCUUUUAGUUUUCAUGUACUUGUACUUUGUGGGGUGGUUUUUAAAAUCAGCACUUAGCCUUUACCAACUCUACUACAUUUUUAAAUUAUCAUUACAGAGUAAAGCAAAAAAGCUGUUAUUAAACAGGAAAACAUAAGAGCUAAUGGAAGUUUUUUUUUUCCCUGCUGGGGUCCACAUGUAGAAGUACUUUUCAGAUCAAAAUGAACCUUAACUUCAUGAGAUUGUAAUGUUGGAAAUACAUUUUCUCAGAAGAGUAUCUUCAACGCUUUAAGUUUUUUUUUUUAGGUGAGUUGGAUUACAAAUGAAAGAUGGAAAUUUAAACCUAAACAUGCGCUGGUGAUGGUGCUGAGGCUGGGUAGAGCCUGAGGGGAACAAAAGAAAAUGUUAUGUAUAGUAUAUUUAUAUACUCAAAAGGCGUUACUUAACGCAGAGUAAAACUGCACGGCUAUAUCUAUAGCUAUAUCUGUAUCUAUAUAUAUGAACAAAUGUGGUAAAAAGUAGCCCUAUUACUCAGAAUAUAGGAACAUCUUUUGAGUCGGUUCUUUGUCAGAUAAGUUUGAUAAGCAAUUGUCCUCUAACCAGCGGCACAAACAUUGUUAAAAAUGACAAAAAAGAGAAUAGAAUUGGAAAUUGGAAUCCACUGUGUGCAGGUGUGUUUAGCCAGAAAAUAACAUUGCCUGGAAGGCAAGGUAGACUGAAUUGAAGUGAAUUGAGCUGUGAUAAAUGUGUCUCUCAAUUGGAGGCAACAUGUGCACACACACUGGCACAGAUACUCAGCUGUAGCAAGUCCCUUUGUUUUCAUCAGAGAUGCCGCUGACCUUGGCAACUUGAAAUUACUGUUCUCAACUGUGACGUGAAAUCACAAGGUAAAAUGGGAUGAUGUGUCCCGAGUUUCCAAAGUUUUUUCAGCCUUUUAAAAAUGAUCCAGCUAUUAAAUGCACCUGGUGUCCUAUCCGGGGACCCAAGAACUGGUGCCCAUGCAAACAUGCUUUGAGCACUCUAACAGGGUGAUCAUAAGUACAUAAACCAAGAGACAUGCUUUAGCAGUCAGGUUCACAUUGGGUGUUUGCAGUUCACCUGUCGGGCAUUUUGUUCAACUGCAGUAGAACCGAAGCACUCCCAGCCUCAGCACUGAAAAGUCCCAGCCUGAUGUCUGUCAAAGGACCUCCUACCUGUCAGGAGCAAUGAUAAGCACUAGUGUUUAUAAUCUGGCAGGUGGAGAGGCAUUCGGGAUAAAGCAUUGCUAUUUUUUCCCCUCAUUCAUUUAUUAUGUACUGGAAAACAAGGUUUGUCUAGACAUAAGGUGUGGCUGUCAGAGCUGUCAUUUAUGGCAAAUGCUUUCAGUAACAUAUUUAAUUUAAUGCCCAUUCACAGUUUAAAGGAUUCCCUUAUAACUUAAAAACACUGGCCUCUGGUUUGGAAGGACUUGACAUCUGAAGUUAUGGAUUGUUCUUAUUUGGCUGCUGUAGGACUCCUCCAAUGCAUCAAGAAGAGGGAAACAAAACUGUUAUAAAUCUAAAUAACUUUGCUCUAAGUGAGCCUGUGGCUCAAGCCACAAGUCAUUGAGGUAAUCAGUAUGGAUGUAGUCAUUACAGAAAAUAGUUGUGAUAUUUUUGAUUUAUCCUUGGCUCAGAUAACUCUGUCAAUAUUCAUGUGUUUGUUAAUGUAAUAUCUACCCCUGUACAAUGUGCAGCAAUCUUUACAGCUACAUGAAUAUGCUGUUAUUUGAAAAACUGCACUGUCUAAUCCCCGUUUGCAUUAUUUUUGGGUGCAAACACUUUUUGUAUUUUCGUUAGAGAAAUCUUUAAUCUAGUUUGAUUUUAUUGUAUUUUUUAAAUCUGUUCACCUUCCUUUAGAUUCUGUAGAGUAGUGUUUAAGAAUUCAACAUCUAUCUCUGACCUCCCUCUAGUCUUCCAUACAGGGUAGGGGAAUUAGAAAGAACCUAAUUAUGUGGGUGACCAAGCGUUUCUCUUUUAUGUGUAGUAGUAUUCACAUUUUCUGCAGAAGAGCAAUGGGAACAUUGAGCCUUGACAACAGACAGUGAAAGGUCCUGUUUGCUGCUCAACUCUCUGAUGACUGCAUUUGAAUUCCUGAAAUGUGUCAUGCUUCUGGGGUGGCUUUGAAUAUUUCAGUCACUGAAUAUCUUGAAGAAGCAUUUGCUAAUGAGUACAGAUCAAAACGUCCUUCUUAGUAAGCAUUUAGUAGAUUUAUUGGAGGCCUCAUAAUGAAUACAUGGAGCAUAUACAUGGGCUGAGUCCUUGAACCCCACCAGACAGAAGAGGCCAUGCAGUCAGACUCAUCACUUUAGUACAUCCCCCACCUGGCUGAACCCUGCAGGUGAUUUACUGAAGCUUGCUCUCUGUUGCACUCAUCAAAAGAACCGUCAGAAUUUAAGUGUGUCUUAUAGUUCCUCACAAGGAAUGCAACUUUUAAGACUCAUCCUCUGUAAAAUGCAGAAAAUGACUUCAGAAAAAGUAAACAUCUCUCUAAACUGGGACACAAAACUCUGAACUGUUAUCCUCUUUUUUUUAUAAGCACAUUAGAUUCAUUGUGUAGAGUUCCAAAAAAGAAAAAAAGCCUGGAUAAGAUUUCCUGAUAAGAUACACCACCAGCACUGAGGAUGAGCUCAGACAUACAGCACACCCUCACAAGCUCAAAUCACGUUCCUCUAAUUUCUGUCCCAGAUUCUACAUGCUGCACAGCAUAUAGCUUUGUUAUUGUGACUAGGGAGUAUGAUGUCUCUGUCACACGUUCCUGUUAAAACAGGUCAAAAAUAAAUUGAAUUUUCUUUGAUGUUCAGUGAACAGAUUUUCUCAUGUGCCACAAGGUUUGUUUCUCAGCUUCUCCAAUAGAUUUUAGCUCACUGACACAUGAAUAUUGCGUGUCCCAUUUCUAAAGAAGGUCAGAAAAUAUCUUCAUCAGGAAGGAAGUCUUUGUGAUUAUCUACCUUGUAUGAUUAGAUAACGCUGUCAUGUAUCUGCUCUUACAACCUGACAUAAAAUGUUUAACAAAUUACCAAAUCUCCAUCAGUGGCAGGAGAGAAGAUCAUUUUGACCAACUCGCCCAGCGUAUUGGAAGGAUAAAUCUAUGCUGUUGUUUCUGGGAGGAGUACAUACAAAUUUCUCAAAAAUGCAGAGCUUCUGGCUGCUCAGGUAGCUCACCCAUCAGAUAUGAUACCACUCAAGUUUAGUCCUUGUAACAGUAAUCCAGGUCCAGUUCUGUUACUAGACCAUUCCCCAAGGAUUUCCCCCUCUCUCCUGCCUGUUAGAAAUAAAAGCAACUUGAGUUUUUAAAGCUGCUGCGUAAAAAGAAACAGUUGACUUAUCUUUCUUAAGUCGAGUGCGAACUGCUGAGGUGGAAAGCCCAAAAUCCUUGUGUGAAGUUUCUGCCAUGUCUGCUUUGCAAAUCCCCUGAUUAUGGGCCAGCUUUUAAAACUCCUCUGUGUUGUGGGAAUUCCAUGAUCAAUGAAUUUGCUUAUGUAGUUGCUUUGAGUAGUUUGUAGCUGGGGUUCCCAUGUAAUUGCUAUUACCAGUCUAUUUAGUCUACAAAUGCAUUGGAAUAAGUAUUUCAAUAUUUAGUGUUUUAAAAUUUUAGAUGGCCAAUUUUUGUCAAAACUUUGAUCCAUGCAAAUGAAGUUGUUGGUAUUCUCCUUUGCCUGGUUAUCCAAAACCUUUAAAGAAUAAAACAAGGGAAAUCAAGAAUUUUGUAUUUUUUUUCCUGAAUGUCCCCAUUUAUCUCUGUUUAAAGAAAAGGUGCCACAGUUUGACAAACCAGAAAAAUGUACUUAACUGUAAGAUAAAAUUAUAACAUAUAACACAACCCUAAUGACUAAAAUGUGAGUAUUUAAUCACCUUUUCUCUCAGAAUAUUGUUCUAAACACAACACAUGAAAGACCAGGCCAUUAUUUGGAUAAAGGUAACAAACUAAAAUUGUAUUCAUGGAACUUGUAAUGACUUGAAAUUAAUUUUCUGACACUAAAGAAACGACAUGACAUCAGUAAUCCUCACAGUAAACGACCAAGUGUAUAGUGACAGUUUGGACAUACACAUUCAUCAUCACUCUGUCCUAAAGCCAGAACUUUAAAAGUGUUUUUUCCAUCAUGGAUCCCACAAAGAGUAGCUCUCUGUAAGCGUAUAGAUCAGAAUCAAACUCAACCAUCUAAUAAUUGUGUGAUUCUGCUUUUAUUUAGGGCUAAAGGGUUAAAACGAGUCCCUUUACCUGGAGUGCUUUACAUUUCCUCUGCAAAAGAUUUUAUAGACAACUGAAAUGAGUUUUAUUGUUACUGACACAACUAUAAAAUUUGUCACAGUUUUACUGAAGUGUAGUAUCAUCUUGACCAAAGAUUUAUUUUGCUCAAGGAUGAUUUUUUUUAAUGCUUGAACAACGUGAUAAAAGACCAAACCAAGUUCUGAGCAUUCAUCAUUUACUAAACACUCUGUAAAUUAUAACCAUUUUAUUUAAAAAAUAUAUGUUUUGAGGGGAAAAUGUUUUUUUUUUUUUCUUUUUUUUUUCAGUUUGGCACAUCUUAUCCACUAUACAGAUAUGAAAUUGUACAUAUUACAAUACAAAAGGAAAAUGGGAAGAGAAGCAUUCAUUUGCACAAAGAGGUUGGGAAAGAGAGAGGGGAGUGGAUCACUUGUUUUUUCUUUUUUUUUAUUUUUUGGCAGGGUGGGGUUCAGGGCUAGAGGAUGACAAGAGGAAACAAAAACAGUUUACAAAGAGCCAGAGUGCAAAGGGAUGCAUAUUUCUACAAAUUUUGUGGAUUUUCAGUCACUUAGUACAACCGUAGUCUUAAACAGUGAAAUGUCAAAUGAUCAACAGAACUUCAUAGGAAUUCCACAUACAUCCCCGUUCUCGGUGUUGCCCAAAAGGAAGUCUCUCUGUAAUGUUUGCUGAACGACAGUAAGAAGUAUCCAACUCAAUUUUGACUUUUGAACAUGCAAGACAGAUUUGAAGGGCAAUAGUAAAAGCAGUGCGAAGCUGGAAGUAAACAAAAUUGGAUACAAAGUGGAGGUGCUUGGCUUUGGAAAAUCAUCAUGAUGGGUGUGUGCAAUGUUUUUGUAGAAUUCAGAUGUUUUAAAGUGUGACGAUUUUUUGGUUUACACAAACACUUUCUUAAAACACUGUUGUUGUAGGCAUCGUAUGAGCAUGUGCAGACAUUGACACAAGCAUUCAUGUUGAAAAUUGCGGCCAAUUUUGACAGGCUCAGUAUAGAGACAGUCUAAAAUGGUACCUUCGAGCUACCUCUAGAGGGCACCAGCCAAUGAACUGCAUCCUAAUUGCUCAAAACCAGAUUUCUCGCUCCAAGGCGCAGUGCUCACAGAUGCAUCUUUCUGUCUUAAUCGCUCACUUCAUUAAACAUUGCCAAAAGCUGAACUGUUGAGUGAAUUCCACAUUUGGAUUUCUAGUGUUAAUGUUUGAGAAAAUUACACUUUCUAUCCCCGUUUCAUGAAUUUGACUAGAGUUUGUAUCCGUUUCAACAUUGGGUAGCUCUUCUGUUUCUCUGAGGUGAGAUAGUUACUGCUGUGUGGUCAAUGUGCAUUUCAAGCUCAAAGAGCUGUCAGGACUUAUCAUUCAAUUCUCCACUACCCUAAGAAAGAGAUUUAAUUUUUAAUAAAGAUAUUGUCCCAUAGUUGCCCCUCUUCAUCGUCCCACCAGUUCCUCUCAAUCCCUCUCUCUUUCACCCUGCCCCCACCACCAAACUGAACACAAAGAAGUGCGGAGCUGCGGCAGCAGCUUUAGUCUGAUGCUAAUGCACAUCCUCUCUCUGCUGCAUACAAAUUUGUCCUGACCCAGGCUGGCUGUUUGCUUAUCACUGGAUCUCCAUUUGCUUUCAGGCUAUUGACCGCGGUUUAACUUGACACUUGUGACUGCUACCAAGGAACUGCUAUGAUAUUUACUUUUUACUGCACUCCUGUUUUCAAGACCUUUUAAUGACAACUCUGUAUCUCUUACAAUAACAAUGUCUCAAAGUAAAAGGCUCAGUGAUGUUUAUGUGAUCGGGAGGAUGAAUCUGCGAGGUACAUUUUUGAGUGGCUGAACAAGCUGAAUGUUGCUGGAUCACUGGUGUGGGUGACAGAAUAUUAGAUUCUUUUUGCCUGGCCUUAAUUGGUUCAAUCUUGAGCCUGUCAGUCCUGAUUAGUGUGUAAGCGGUAAAGAGCCUGGGCUGCAUGGGGAAAGGUUUUAUUUUCAGAAUGAAAUGUUCUCCUGUCUGGCAUUUGCGCUGUUCAUUUUGCUUUCCCUUGCUACCCUCACACCUCUCUCUAGGUCUUUGUAUAUUGAUCCUGGUAUACAAUAGCAAAUCAACAAACUGUACUUACUAGAUAAGCUGUUGGAAAUAUAAUGGUCACAGUGUGUAUGGCAUAAGGGAGCUAGAAAACCCAUGGUCAAGUCAUUGUACAUUUAAAGGUCUAAUAAUUUUGUUGUCGAUGUCUAAGGUGAAGAAGACAUCUAGAUGUUGGCUAAGCAGUGUAGUAUAUUGAAGAUUAACCACAGAUAAACAAUGCUUAGUGUGUCUCACAGAAUUUAUUUGUGGCAGUUGGCCCUUGUGAGCAAGAGGAAAUCCAAAUUUUUAAAUACAAAAACGAAUCAGUUUGCCAAUGGAAGGCUUUAAAUCCUUAAAGAUCCUGUAAAAAGGAAACACUCAGAGACCUUUGAUCUGAUUGAAGAUGAUGGACUCACCUGAAAAACUUGUCUAAUUCUGUAAAAGCAAUAGAGUUUCCUUUUUUCAGGAGUCAUUUUCCUUUUGGAUAUGAAAACUGUUGUUGUUGUUUGAUCAAUUAUAUAAUUCAGUACAUAAUUUAGCUAUAGGUGGCCUUAAAUGUAUCAGAAAUCUUCCAAACAAUAGAUUUCUAAAAGAAAACCAUCCUCAUAAUUGAUCAAAUUCACUCCCCUAGUGACUGAGUGAUUGGCUCACACCCACUGUGGUGCAGUUAAAAACACAUUUUCAAAUAUUUACCCUUUAAAAGAAAUAAGACAUAAAUCACAUUUCUCCACUUAAUGUAUGUCGUUAGCAGAGGGCCAUUUUGGCUAAGUGUUUUGUCUGUGCUGCAGAAUAUCGAGACAAAGUGGAGACAAAUCUCACAGUUUACAAUUUUUCUUGUUUAAAAUGAUUGCCCCUGCCUGGUAUUAACAACUUUGCAUUCAUAGAAAAAUAAAUUUGUGACUAUCUCUACAUCAUCCCUUUACUGUCAUGUCCAACCUCUGUCAUUGUGGCAUUCAACAUUUCUCGCGUUUCCUUAGAUCUCACCUGUAGAAAUUAUGCUUUUUACAUAAACUGGAAAAAAAUCAAAAAAGCAAACCCUGUAUCAUCUGAAAUGGUCAAAUGGCAAACCAUAUGCUCUAGGAAUAAAUAAGAGUUCAUACUUCACACUCUUUGUAAGGCAGUUGCUGACACUUGCACUGCCCAUAGCCAUUGAUAAUCACGAGUGCCCCUUCUUCAUGGCUGGGCUCAUACUCAUUAUAGGGUACCUGUGUAGCUAGAUCUGCCAUAGGCUGCCUCUGCUGGGUCCUCAUCUGUCUGCGGUUCUGAAUAGCCGAACAGUGGCGUAUCCGGCGCAGGGUGGGAGGGCAGCACUUCCGUGAGAUAUACACAACGAAAAUGAUGAAAAAGAAUGAAAAUAGAAGGGCCAUAGUUCCAAUGAUGACCCUAUGAGUCAUAACAGUGUUGUCCAUUGCCGAGAAGUCAUCCGUUACAGCUGCCUCUUCCCAUGUAGCAGUAGUUGCUUGAGCAGUGCGUGGUGCUUCUGUUGUGGUUGUUGUCGUAGUGACUGUGGUAAAGCUCCCAAAAUCCUCUGCAUAGUCCUGCGUGGGGGUUGGCUGCAUAAUUCCAAACAAGGAGCUUGUGAUCUCUGCAGCCAUUGUAGCGUCUGUGGUUGUACUAAUGGUCUGUACAACUGGUGCUGAAAAAUUCUGGCAAAGCUGGAAUCCAUAAACAGCAUCGAGUAUCUCCUCACCUUGGGCAUAUUCAGGACUGUGGCAGAGGAUAGAGUGUUCCCACCUUCCCUUAAAGGUGCUAAGCCACGUGGCCAGAGAGCAAAUCCUUUUGGUACAUUCCCAAAGGUUGCUAGACAGCCCAAUUGUACCCAGAGACUGCCACAUAUCCAUGACUUGUGGGUCUAGACUGCUUAGUUUGUUGUUAUCCAGCAGCAAAAUCUUUAAAUUUGGCAGCGUUUGAAACACAUCAGGUGUCAGCACACGAAUCUCAUUUCCUGUGAGGUCCAGCUUUUCUAAAGUGGUCCAGGUCCACUCCAUGCCACAUGUCAGGUUGCUGAUCUUAUUCCAUUGCAGAUAGAGAAACUGGAGGGCAACGAGUCGAGGGAAGUGGGCCAAGUUGAUUUUGGUCAGCUGAUUGUGUUCCAAGUGGAGCUCUUUAAGCUUAAUGAGCCCAGCAAAUCCAUUUCGGGCCAGACUCCGUAGACGGUUGCUGCUUAGGCCAAGAUAUUCCAGGCUGCGACAGUCCCAGAAUGCGCGAACAGGUGUGGUGCGAAGUAAAUUUGAGCGAAGGUGGAGUAUUUGGAGCUUCCUCAGUCCAUGAAACAACUCUGGUUCCAGUGCAGUCAUCUGAUUGAAGGACAGGUCCAGUAUUUGGAGAUUGAUGAGGUGGAUGAAGGUUGUGUUGGGCAACUUGGUGAUACGAUUGGAGCUUAGAUUCAGGUCUUUCAACUUGUAGAGUCCUUGAAAGGCAUCCUCUUGUACUGUGGUAAUCUGGUUAUGGUCUAGGUGUAGCCAAGUGAGCUGGCUGAAGCCAUAGAACUGAUCAGGGCUGAGCUCAGUGAUGCUGUUGUGGCGUAAUGACAACCCCAGGGCCCCCUUGUCUACACCAUCUGGGGGUGCCUGAAGCCCCUGGGUGUCGCAGUAGAACUGCAGAUCCUCACAGCGGCAUUUUUGAGGGCAGGUUGUGCACGAUGCAGGAGGCAGCAGGCACACUAGGAGCAUGCUGAUCACACACAGACACAGAGCCGCUGGUGCAGGUCCCACCAAUGGCCACCUUGAAUGGAAACCUGGGUGGGUUCAAAGAUAAGAAAAUGAACUGUGGGGCGGGAAAGCUUAUCUCUGCAGAGCACUUAUUACUUAUUCAUAGUGACGAUUGUGCUUUUGGUGAGCGCUCUCAUUUUUUCCUCAUACGUGCACUUGUGCAAACAUUUUCACUGAAAACUUUCAACAUGCAUGCAGACGUGAAUCCAUGUAGUUUGGGUCUGUUGUAGAUUUCAUUCACUCAAGGCAUGAAGAUAAUUGACAUUCAUAAGCCAGACUUUGUCCCCUGUCCUCUUUUGUUUGUAUGGAGCCUGUCUUGGUCUCAUUUUUUUUGGCUCUGGGAUUUGGAUCGAAUUUAAAUCGCCUCUGAUGACUGUCAUGCAUCGAAAAAAAAUUACCAUUAAUGUUUUCUUUUUUUUUCACGUUUUUGAUUGAAACAUUUGGUUGUUCAUGCUUUUGACUUCUUUUAACUGAUCAAGUUGUUUUAGAUCUUCAUCACUAAGGAGGUCUGCUACACAAAAUAAAUGAUAUUUAAUGGAGUAUGUGGUCACCACUGGUGUGACGUUGAGAAAAGAAGAAUGAAGGACAAUUGCGCUAAAUAGACCAGGCUGAAGAGCUUUUAGUCCUUAGACUCCUUUGCGCUUACUUGUAUUCCCUAUUCAUGUCCUGAUCUGCCGUAUAAAGGGGGCUAACUUACCCAUUCUUUUGUGCACAUCGGAGGCUGCAUUCAACUGUCCUUUUCCGCAGACUCUUGGAGCAACCAGAUGGAAGAGAAAUCCAAAGGGAAAAAGCCCUUUUGAGUGAGCACAAAAGGAAUCAGCCUCUUAGGAAAUAAUGCAAUUCUGAGCCCACCCAAAUGAAACAAAAUAUGAAAUUCCAUGUCCAAAAGAUGAUGCUUAUUCCUCUUGUUUUUUCUUCGAGUCCCUUAAAAUCCAAGCUCAAAGGAAAGGUUGAAUCUUUUCCUUCAUCCCACGGAUCCUUGAAAUAAAUAUUUAUAUAUUUUUUCAAGUUGAUCAGUUGCAUCCAGAGAGACUCCGGUGAGCAGAUUCCCCCUCCUCUCCUUUUUUUCUUUUUUCUUUUUUUGCCCUUUUGUUUCCCUUCCACCGCAAUGAUGUCAGCUCAGAUGGUUAAUUGGAGAUCAAGCAUCCCUCGUUCGUGGUCGUCCAACCCUAACUUGUUGAUGGCAGCCAGAGAUCCUGCGUCCGACGCCGGCUCAGCCUCAGCACAGCCUCUGCAGAGCUGCGAGCGGAGCCCCUCGUCUGCUAGCUGAGACGCAGGGAGAGAGAAAAAAGCAGAGCGGGGAGUCAGGGAUGUUAUUCUGUGCUUUUUGUUGCAGCCACUCACUGCUACAGAGUGGUGGCAGCCUGGCGUCGAUCAUCACUACUGUUUCUCUCUCUCUCUUUUUCUCUCCCACACUCACAAACACCCUCUCACUCUCUCGCUCAGUCACUUGCUCUCUGCCUCAUGCACACUGCUUCUGCACCUCAGUCUUCCUCCACCUCCCUCAUGCAAACCCCCCUUUCCCUCCCACUGGCUCGUCACCAUCAGAAUAUUGAUAUCUUGAACGUGUUGCGGCAGCUUGCUGUUGAAAUUAACCACAGCUGUAAAUCUCAGCCUUGCCUUGCCGUUGUUCAGCAUGGGCUUUGUAUGAAAGUAUAUACACAGGCAUUGAACAAAGUAAUACAACAGAGCUUGAUUUAGUUUUGAACAUGUGGCUCGGAGCAACAUGAGCAGAGGAGAGGCAAAGGUGUGCUGCGUCGCCUUCUCUGUACAGGAGCAGGCGAUGCUAACAUAGAUGGUCUGUCUUAUAUUCAUAAUUUACAUAUCCUGAGUGCAGUGCUUUAAUUUUUGAACAUUGGCAUGUGAUGUAUGGCCAGCUGCUUUGGAGUUAAAUUAAGCCAGCUUUUUAAAUCUAAUUGACAAGGCUUGGAUACUUGCUUUGUAAUGUGAACCACAAGCUCAUAUCAAAGUAGCUAAAUUGUGAACGCGAUUUCAGGUUUUUUUGACAUUGAGAAAAUGGGUUUGAUUUAUGGUUUAGUUAAAAAGAGGGGCUCCAUUUCAGUGCCAUUUAGAAUACAGAACAGAAUGUGAUAUUCAUAGUUCGGAGCAUGAAAGUGCAGACUUUUCUCAAUUAUUUAAUGUAGGCAGAGAUGUGUGUAAAGCAAGCUGCACUGAACUAGAUUUAAAUCAGCCAAAUACCAGGUACAAGAGGAGGUAUAAAGAGCAGAUCUUUUUAACAACACCUUUUCAACUCAGUUCACAUUCAGUGGUCUUUAAUUUAAACAUCACCUCAGAUUGCUGUCACUCCUAAAACUCUGUCUUGCUUUAUACUCAUUACUUUUUACCUUUUGCUUCAUUUACAUGUAAACUGUAAUGGAUUUUAACUCUAGUGGCACUGACCAGUCACACUAAAACUUAAGGAAAGGAACAAGUGCUCUGGCCCCUGGAAAAUGGUUAAAGAGUAACUCAAAAAGUUAUCAUGUUUUUGUGUAAUUCAUCCUUGAAUGGUAUUUAAUUCAUAGGCCUACAUCCAUAAAGAUUCCUAGUGGAUCAUUCUCAGGUAAUAAGACAAAACAGGGGUUUGGCUCGACCCGGAUGCUGUCAAUCUCUCAUCUUUUAUGCCAGACUUCAUCUCCUCCCAGGACUCUUUCUGCAUUAUGUCAGACUGGAAAGCAAAGAAGACAAAACCCUCACAUAGCCUGAUGUAGAUAUUCAUUCGUAAUUCAUAUGUUUUAAAGUUUGAGUAAAAAUUUGAAAUCAUGUCCUGAGAAAUUAACUCGCUCGUCCAUCAAAAAAACUGUCUCAGAACUAUGGUGUUAGUGGACUCUCGGAGCAUACUUUACUUUCAUUGAAUUUUUCCAUAAUCCUGCAGACUGGUGGUUUUGUUGAAACGGGAUGUUCCUAAAUCUGUCCUCAAGGAGAUGGAUAGAGACUCACUUGAGUAUCAUAAAAGAUGCCGCAGAGAAACUGCCUCCAUAAUAAGCACCUGAAGAAGUGCUUUAGAAGCCUCUGGUGUGGAAAUGAAAUAUAGGCUAGGCAUGAACAAAAUAGGAUUGAGGGAGUAGGGGCAGUGCAGUCUGAAGCCUACCACAGCACUGCAUCCAACCGGCACAAAAUCACAGGGGAUUAGUGCUGUCGGAGCUCCGGGGCCCCUAACUAUAUACACAACCCCCCAUUGGGCAAAGGGCGGUGGGGGAGGGUUGCAGGUCAAUGCCACCGCCAACUAUGGUGUUAUGUCGCAGUUGAUUUAAGCACUAUUAGAGAAUGAACAGCCAAGGGUCCGACGGGUUCUUUGCCAUUUCUCUUUUGCCCUUUGCUACUCAUUUGAUUUAGCUCUAAUUUCAUUAUUCUCUGCGAUCCGUCCAUCUUUCUGUCCGUCUUCUUCUCUCCUUCUCAUCCUUCCAUUCUUACUGGUUACUGUCACAUUUUGUUUUGACCAGUGUGCAAAAGUGUUACCCAACAUUUCACUGCUUUUUUGUCAACCAGAAUUAAAGGCUCUGACUGCUGAUGUCACACCCCAGUCAGAGCGGCUGUAAAUAAAAGUAAAUAAAGGGUAUGAAGUAAAUUGUUAACUUUUCAUUAAUACAAACGUCUUAUUUGGGGAGAGAAGUAAAAACACCUGCAAGGAAAACAGUAAAUACUAUUUUCAGCUUCAUUUUAAAUUUUUAAUGCUUAGUGAUGGAUUAGUGAUAAACUGAGUUUUGUGAACAUUUCUUUUCCGAAAAUAGAGGCCAUAAAAGUUUGUAUUAUUUAAACUGUAUUUCUGUCACACUAGCCGAUCCCUGCUUUGUAAUGAGCCAUGUUAUUUAGACCUCUUUGACUGGUAAAGGUUUUUCAUUUUGUGAAAUUCUUCUCACAGAUUCUGUCGUCAUGUGAAAAUGAUCCAUAUGACUACAGCACAGUAAAAAUUUAUGUACCCUGCUAGAUUCAGAAUACAUGGAAACUAGGCAGGAGCAGUUCAUGUUAUUUUUUCUUAUUGCAGAACUUUCUAGAUUUAGAAUAUAACAAUACCAUACCCAUCUUUUUAACUUCUACGUUUUUCAGAUUUGGAUGUGCGUCACAGGUCGACGAUUGGUUUACAGUAGAAUAAUUCAUAUUUCUCCUGUACAACAUCCAUGAAGAGAGCUGCGCUGGCAGCCAGGCUCAAAUAGGAUUUGGAUCUCUCUUGAUCCAUGCAUGAAUAAAAUUUCAGGUUUAAAUCUUCAUGCAGUUUGCCACAGCAGCUCACAGAGGGUGUGGCGUAACAUGAAUCAUAGCUCCGUUAUUGAUGCAAAUCAGUUUUUUCCUUCUUCAAAGCAGCUGUUCGUUUUUUUUCCCAUGCAUGCUUUCAGCUCUUGCCUAUUAUUAAUUUAAAUUGUCUGCCAUUAUUUGUUUGCUCUGUGAUUCACCACUCAUAAUAUUAAGAGUUGGAAAAUAAUUCCAGUGUUUUAACAGAGGGCAAGAGGGUGUGUUUGACAGCUGGUCUACCCAGCGCUCAUUGGUUUCCAAUGAAUGAAAGGAUCAGAAAUGGAUCAGGCUGGGUAUCUGCAGAACACCAGCUGUACGAAUAACACUAUUAUAGUCAUUGGGUCUUACAUACAAAUGGAUGGAUGAAUGAGUGGCUGUUUUUAUUUUGUCUUUCUACAUGACUCAUCCCUCAUAGGAAUAUUAAAACACAUUCAUUAACAACAAACAGAUCAUUCUGCUACGCAUACCCAUCAUCAGAACGUAUUAACCCCAUGCUAGGAGAAGCUUUUGCAUGGAAAAAGACCAUGACUGGAAGCACUCUGUCAGUACAAUAUUACUGGAGUGCCCUGAAAGAAAUACUGCCAGAUUUGUCGCUGGUAUCCAAAAAUGUGACUAGAGGUCAUAUUUGAAAGAAGUUUUCUCACAUCUAGUUUAUUGUUAUUUCCCUUACAGUGUCAACAAUAACAAGUUGAACUCUGCCCUCUUAUUUUAGCUCUGCUGUAGCAAGGAGGGAGGCGGGGCUCGACAGUGCGACCGUUUCACUCGCAUUUGCAACUAAAAAUAGAUGUGUGUGAAUUGUAAAAUGUAUUUAGGGGCACAUGCGCACAUAAAAAAAUCAGCUGAGGCAACAAAUGUUUUUUCAUGUAUGUAGUGAAGUUAGUUUUAGGUUGGAUAGUUGAUGAACAUUCACUGUGGAUCUACCGGUGUCUUCUCACUCUUCAUACCCAGGAAUAGCAACAGCAGCGUGGUUAAAUCUACUCAGCACCCUCACUGUCAACAUCGGGUGUCGAAUAAGGGACCGUCAAUAAAUUACCAGUUGAUGUUCUCAGAAAAGCUGUUUUCCUUCAAUAGCUUCCAUGUCACGUGACCAAAAGACCUAAAAUUGAUUUCGAAUAAAAGUACUUAUGUCGACCAAAAAGACACCCAUUAUUUGAUCAAAUUUCAUUGUGCCCCUAAAGUUCAUUGUGUGCUCCUUACUUUUUCAACUCAGGAGCACAUGUGAAAAAAGUUAGUGUCAAGCCCUGGGAGGCAUUGUCUUAUGCUUUGCCUCGCUCAUCAAAGUGUGAUACAAUCCUGUUUAAUGAUGGCCAAUCCCUCAUAUCUGAUCCUGGCGACUGUCUCAGUGUCGUGCUGCUGGAAACCAAAGAAAUGUUGUUGAAAACAUAGCUGUCACUCCAAACACUAACUUAUUCUUUUUCAUGUUUGUGUUUCAGGCUGGAAGAAAGGACAGGAGUGAUGCUCUCAACACAGCCAUCGACAGGAUGACAAAGAAGACCAGAGACCUCCGCAGACAGGUUUGUUUUUCUUUCCCCCUGUGUAUUUAUCUUUUACCUCACCUCAGUGUGUGUGUACUCUGAGAUUUAAAUGUGAAAUAUGUUUUAUUUUUAACCAAGAAUAUUUCACAUGCUGCUGAUUUGGUUGACAAGCUAUCUCAUAGGAGGCUGGUGUCUGCCUUGAAUAUGGAGGGGUACUUUGUAGUCAGGUCAACAAGCUGGACUGAAUGUGUCACUGCAUAUACGCAGAGCGAUGUGUCCUUUUAACUGUGCCUUUUUCCUUUUUCUUGAAAUAUCCUCCUUCACAGCUGCGUAAAGCCGUAAUGGACCAUGUCUCUGACUCUUUCCUGGAGACCAAUGUUCCCCUCCUGGUCCUCAUUGAAGCAGCCAAGAAUGGCAAUGAGAAAGAAGUCAAGGAGUAUGCCCAGGUUUUCCGUGAGCACGCCAACAAGCUGAUUGAGGUAAUGGGGUAUUUGAAUUCUCACACAGUCCAAACGUGAUACGACCCAGAUACAGGACAUUUAUAUCUUUCUGUUCUGGACAUUUUAGCUUGGCUUAUAGCAAUCAUCGGGCUUCAUCCAGCCUCUCCUUGGCUGCACUCUCAGAUAUUCCCCAGUGAGAAAACUUUAGGAUUACAGUGCCUCAGAAAACAACAAUCUGGGAUCUUUUGUCCCCAAAGAAAACAAAGCAGUAAACACUGAAAUUAUUUUCCGUGGUUUCUAUUACUUUCUACUCACUCAGUGUUAGUGUAAGUCUGCUGCUGCUCUCUCACAGACACUCUCUUGGUAAAAGCAUUUCUUCAACUGAAGGCUAUGCUGAUUCUAAUCUGAAGCUAGAAUGCUGUAGAGAGCAGACGAACACAAUGCUGCUUUAUGUGGUUAUAGCAACAGAUCAAAUUUUUAAGCCGAACUAAAGGAGCGAAACAACCACAUCUCAGGGAUAAGUGCUAGCUGUGGGAAAACGCUGUCCUUGCCACAGCUGACUGACGCACCAGCCCUUUUUGACCAACAACAGAGGCUCUUGAAGAUAAAUAACUUAGAGGGGCUUUUUUGCAUCCUACUUCUUCUUCUUCUGUGGCUAGUUUCAUGUCGCAACAAGGGCAGCGACUGAAAUUGUGUAUGUCUAUACUGCUGUUCACAUAGCAACAGGAAUACAGCUGCGCAGGGGUCAGAAAAAAAUGAGAGGCAACAAGAGUGAAACAUCAGCUGUCCUCAUUAGGAGACGUUCCUUCGGUGUCUGGAAUGGCUGCAUCAGAGCAUCAUACGCUGACAUUUGAGAGUGACUCUUCCCUGUGGGCGGACGACCUUGAAUAAGACUUGAUCGGUUUGUCCAGUGAAAGCAGGUCAGCAUAAGCUUUCACUAAGGAAACCACUGAAGCGUCAAAGGGAAAAGGGGACUCCUCCAGGGAGCAGACCCCCUAAGUUGCUCCUAAAGGCUUCGGUGUCAGAAGUGAUGUUAGUGGAUGACCUUUGUGGACUUCCCUAACGCUUGGAUACUGCAUCAGCUCGUUGCACUUUGAUAAGAAACAUUAAGAGGCAAUGGCUUUUAGUUAUGAAACGCCGCGGGAUGUAACGGAGAUUGUCUCCUGAUCUUCUUCAUGACAUGUGCGCUGAAAUAAGAAGUGGUCUCUGCCAAUCAUCUAAGAUUUAUCACGCUCCCAGGUCUAAUCAAAAUUGAACAAACUUUGCUUGAUUAUAUUUUUAAAAAAAUCCAAUUUCAGUGAAACCAAAACAGAAAAUGAGUUCAAAAACCUGAUAAAUGGUGUCACUCGUAGUAAUGGUGUCAGUUCGCUGUCAUCUCUUUAAGCCAGAACACUUAACUACCUGCCCAGUCUCUAUGUCUGUAGAGUGGAGUUUGGCUGCAGCCUUAGUCAAAUGGUGUCUAAAAUAUUCAUCAACUAAAAGAAGUUUUGUCACACAUAAAUAAGGGAUGACAGUUAAGUAUCUGAGGAGCACCACCGAAUAGCGUGUAAGAGCUUUGCUGUAUCAAUAAGAGUCAGCUGUUCUCCAAUUCUCAUAUCUGUUUUUUUUUUUUCUUCUUUACAUGUUUUUCUUUUUUGUGCAGAUUCAGAAAAAUGUUAACUUAAAACUUGUAGAGCAAUCAUAGUCCAAGCCUCAUAAGUAAGAAAGCUGGUAUUUCUGAUCCAUAACAUAAUAACAGCUUUCCCACAAGGACAUACAUAUCAACAGUGACAUUCAUCCUUGUAUGUUUAAAUUAUUUUUUCAGUGAUCACAAACGUGCUUUUUCCUUUUAGAUGAAGCUAUAGGGCCUCAUUUUUGUAUUCCAAACUUGUCCCCAGUGUCUGAUACACGGAUAUUGUUUCCUUAAAAGCAGCCUGUUGUUUGUAACCAUGAUGCUGCAUACCUUUGUGCCUUCAUUUCCAACUAGACUAGUAAAACAGAGCAAACAAUGAUUUGUUGAUUAUAGUAAGAAGCUUUUGUCAACACUAGUCAUAUAAUUUCCAGAAGAACACAGUCAAACGUCGCAUAAUGUUUCAUGAAGAAGUCCCCUGUGGUGUAAGCCCACAUAAACGCAACCAGGCAAAAGGUAAGUCACAGUGGGACUCCAGACUUUCACCUCAGCCUGAAAACACUUGACAUUUCCUGCAAAUGCAUCGUGCAAAGUGAAUAUUGAAUGAUACUGUAAGUAACCCUGGAAAAGGCCCUCUGUCAAGCUGUAAGCUUGUACAUGGACACAGUUUCCAUGUCCACACUUAAAAAAUGGCACAUGUCUCAUCACAUCUAGAAUAGACAUGCUGUCUUAAUGCAGUGUGCCCUUUUUCUGAGGUAAGCACAUCAAACGUCGCCAAUCUCUGCCUCUGUUUGUAUGACAUCAUGAGUGAUUUAAGUGUAGGCUCCCUCAAGGCAAAUGGUGCAUUAGUUUACUCACAUUUGUUUGAAAGCAACAUCAUGACUGACCCACAUUGGGGCCCUUAAGCAGCUCGCCUGCUCUGUGAUUUCUGCUAGUAUUUCUGAAACGACAUAAAACCUUAUUUAAGGUUUUACCAUUUCAUCAAUUUACCUUUCAUCCAUUGCUUUUAAACUCACUCUGAGUGACCAAGCAGCUUGAUAGAUGAUGAUAAAACACCCUUGCCUUUUAGAAAGGAGACACUUUUGCCCUGACAUUAGACAUGAUCUACCUUUUCAUCAGAUUUACAACCUUUUUAAACACAUGGAAAGACACACAGUAGACUUGAACCUCUGGAUUUAACAUGAUUAUUAUGACAUUCGUCCUUUUAUCUGACAGCCCAGGGAAAAUGUUCACGUGUCUUCGCUUUCUUAGCUUCUCUUAGCUUCUCUUCCCUAAGAUACCUCAGUUUUUAUAAGUUGGUUCAUGGAGGCUAAAACUUGUCAUUCUGGAUAAUAUUUGUGGCAUAGUGAGAAUUAUUGGAUUGCUCUUAUUGCUCAAAUUUAGAGAUAAAAUGAGUCACCGCUUCGACUCUGGUCCAAACAAGCCCACUUUGCCAUCUCGUAUAUUAAAAAUCUACACAAUAUCCAUCAUCACAAUAGUCUCAGACUGCCACACAGCACCUCGGUUAGUUAAGGAGAUGGCGCGAUAAAAACGGCACGCUGUGAUAAAGCCAUGAGGAUAAAGUUUAUUGGAUUGUCCCUCAUAUGCUUAGGCAGCAUAAUUGUAUUACAGGUCCUCAUGCAUUUCAUGCGAUUGGACAUGACUGUUGUCACACUGAUGAAAUUUGCGUUAUUGGAUGGGGGAGGUUUGUAUAACUUUAGCAGCCUGAUGAGCCUGUCGGGCUGUUUUUAUAUGGAAAGAUAGAUACGUUUUUGAAUGUGUUUGCACAGACUCCGUAAACUCUGACUCCCCAGAUACCUAGAGUACGGUACAGCACGGCAGGAAGAGCACUCUUAGCUGACUCCAGGUUAGAAUUGCCGUCUUUGACUUCCUUCACAGUCCCUUUAUGCUGAAAAGGCUGUUUCCCUGAGGUAUCAUGGUGAGAGCAAGAGAACGCUUAUGUGAAAGAUCAUGAAAGUAAAAACACAGGUCGAAAGUGCCGGUUUUUCCUCUCUUCACCCGCUCACUUCACCCCGCCUCUCAGGAUACCGAAUGUUCUCCCUGUGGUCCCUGCAUGUGUUUGCAUAGUGAUGCAGAAUGUGUUUAUAUCAAUGUUUCAGUGCUUCACCAGCGCGGUGAAAUAAGUGCUUCUCAUCAGCAGAACUGCACAGGAAUUUCGAGUUGGGGGUGGGUUUCUUUCUGUUGAAUUGAAGGAAGGGGUGAGGUUGUUUCACACUGGAUGAUUAAUUCCACCACCAGUGCAUCAAUGGAAAACUCUGUCUCAGAGAUUUGCCCCACAUUCUCUUCUGUUCUAAUAGUGCUGCAGUCUACUAGCUUAAAUCUUCAAAUCCCAAAACCCAGUACAGUUCAUUAGGACAGAGAUAAGCAGUCAGUGGGUAGUUGUUAAAAUUUGACCUUUUUUUUCUCCUCAUAUGUUCCACCGAGAAAAGAAAUACAAACAUUCAUGUCCAGGCCUUUGCAUUAUAAAAACUCAUUUUGUUUUCACACCCACUCUUAGCUCCUGCUGUUCAAAUAGUGUCAAAGCACUCAAAUCUAAGUGUUUUAUCAUGACUUGCUGUUCAGCUGUGCUAAUAUUUGGAUAUUCGAGUACAAACUAAGGUUUUGAGAACAGCAUAUGUGACCGUGGCACUGCUCAUGUGGUUCUGUGACCCAAAUCUUUGCAAUUAAAUUAGUGAGUAAAAUAUAACAGAUUGAUUUGCUACAAAAAUAAGACACGUGUUGUCAAAAAAUCCUUUUCAGUCUUGUUGCAUCUAUAGUGCAUUCAAUAGGGUAUUUUAGUCUUUGUAAUUGAUUAUGUUUUAGCGCAUUUUCUGUCCAUUGGAUAAUCCCACUUUGGCACAGUUCCUCAUAUCCCAGUCAUUCUGUUUCAGCAUUGUUGCCAGCACAUCCCUACCAACAAAUGGGAAUCUUCAGUCUUUGACCUAAAUUUUUCUGAAUAUGAAGAGAUGCAGAACGCUCCUCUGAAAGAUGCAAGAAUAUUUAGAAAUAAUCACAGCGGGGAUGAUUUGUUGGUCAAUACAAGAAAAUAUACUCACAAACCAUAAAUGUUGGCAGCCUGAAGUCGGACCUGCUGAGCUCAGCACUCUGGUCCGCACUCGUUUUUGAAAGUGUCAGGAAUAUUUUGCCUCUCUGAGUCCAGGAGCGUAAUGGCAAUCUGGCAGCCUCGUGAUAUGUUCACUGAGAAGCACCACAUCUCUGAGUCACCAGAUACAACUUCUAACAUUUGUAGAAAAUCAACUGCUUUCACAGAAACUAAUGCAAAACUUUUAUUUAGUCUGUUCACUAAGCAGCUUGACUUUUGUUGUCUCUCCCAGUUGUCCUUUUUUCCCCUCUGUGCCUUCAUAUUGUAUCAUUUUAGCAGCUUUAUAAAUUAAUCCUCUGCAGUGGGUUUGUAUGCCACUGGGAUUACUUGUAUUUCAGCAUUGCUCCAUAUCUGAUAGAGAAGAAUCCCAAACCCAGGCUCCCAUAAUGAACUUAUCUAAGAUUAGUUAUAUAUUUAUGUGUUGCUCUUUCUGUGUUCCCCUGAAGAUAAGACUGUGUCAGUCUCUCUGUCUGUGGCUAAAAAGCAGAUGUGAGUGUGUGUGUGCUUUGCUUUUUAGGUGGCCAAUCUGGCGUGCUCCAUCUCCAACAAUGAAGAGGGAGUGAAGCUGGUCCGCAUGGCAGCAUCUCAACUGGAAACUCUUUGCCCCCAGGUACGAGGCUGGUUUGCCCUUACUUCUAUCCAGCUCAGUGAUUAUGCUUCCUGAGAGGCUGCCACGUUGCCUUUUUGUACGAGCACUGGUAUAGAAAUGGUGGAUUUGUCUUAUUUUUCCUUCACAUCGGGAUUCUGGUAUUAAGACUGUUAACACUGACACACAGGCAGCUAACUGCUUUUGAAACAGGUUAGAGCUAAAUUCAUUUUGGUGCUUGAAUUACUGUGUUAUAUUCUGGAUUCGUAAAUUCUUGCUUGUCAAUCUAAUUGAUUUAGCACAGUUUCACUGAAUUCACUGUAGUCAAGAUUUUCCCCUGUCCUGUGUGGAUGUUGUUGUGCUCACAACAGCCUCUGAAUUUUAACAAUCUCAAAAUUAAACAACAAUGGAGAAAAGCUCCAAAUGUGCAACACGAGGACAUGGUCACCCCAUUGUUUUCCACCUGCAGGCACAGUAGUCUGUUGUUUGUUAGAGGAUAAAAUCAUGCCAGAGCUAAUUCAACAUGGAGUAGCAAUCCAAGGCUCUAGUUUGGCAAAGGGAUAAAGCUGCCCCUGUUCAACCGGUGCACCACUCACCCCCCUCUGAUAUCAGUUAGUGUCCAACAUUAGAGGAACAAAAUACCCCCUGAAAUUAAGUACGUCUCUGAAGACCAUUUAUGUUCCGAUUUAUGUAAAUGUAUCCAAUAAACUGUGCAUGAUGCUGGUCAUGGUGCGCUUGGUUAAUCCGUCGACAAAUACAUGAGAUUUAAUAAGCUGCAUUGAAACACACAACCACACUUUUAAUGAAAAGGCUGCGGCUUGUCUCACAUAUCACUUGCAGCCUCGAUGUUUAAACCUCAGAGAGCAAAUUGAUCCUCUUACUCUCUGUACCCCCACAACCCUGAUACUUUCCCCCAGCCUCAUUUACAACACAUCCUACCAUUCACUGAAAUCCAUCAUUUUUUCAUACCAAUAUCCUUUCAGUGUCUGCUACCAGUCCCUCAUCUGCACCUCUGAGCCCUGCCAGUUUUCUUUGCUAUGCUGCCUGCCGCUGCUCCUUUUAAUCUCAUCUAAUGACUCCUAUUCACCCCGUUCCUUGAUGUUCACAGAUGUUUCUUCCCCCAAAACAAGCAGCUGUUGGUUUUUAUUUCAUUCAGUCCUCCAAAACAUUUCAUGUCUAUAAUCACUCUCAGCAAUAAAUUGGUUUCAUGCUGCAGUCCCAACAUUGGGGGUGAGAAGGAGGGGGUCUUUAUGCAGUCAUCCUAUGCUAAUGUUGUGGCUGUGGGCUAUGCUGUAAUGGAGCUUUAAUGGAUGUAAUUGGGUGAUUACAGGUGAUUAAUGCCGCGUUAGCCCUCGCUGCCAAACCCAACAGUAAGGUGGCCCAGGACAAUAUGGAUUUGUUCAAGGAGCAGUGGGAGAAGCAGGUCCGCGUCCUCACUGAUGCUGUUGAUGACAUAACAUCCAUUGACGACUUCCUUUGUGUGUCUGGUGAGUGGUACUCCCUUUCAUCUUCUGAAAAGAGAUAUGUGCUUUUACUGAAUGAUAAUAAAUGAUUUGUACUUUUGGAUGUAAAAACAGACAGUGCAGUGUUUGGUAGAUGACACUCUUGUUCAGGAUCAAGACAGAUCUCCACAAAGCACUUCAGACCAUUGGUAAGAGGAGGGGAAUUAACUGUAAAGACUCUGAAGUUUUUGUCCCUUUUUGAUGAGCACCUUACAAACCAAGGCCGAUUGGACUCCACAGAGGAAAGUACUGAAGCAUCAGCAGCACUACGUCUGAAAUUGACAUCCUGUCACGUGUGUUAAACCACACAAAUGGUUUGUCAGGCAUUCCCUUAAAGAGUUCUCGUUAAGCAUUAAGCAGAGUGACUUCUCUCACCUCCAGCCAAGGACAGGCUGUAAUUUACACUGUGUGCAUUUGCAUUAAACAGGCUCCCAUUAAUAAAUAGUCUGAGAAUCUGUCAGUAGUCCUCCCUUUCCUAUAUAAGAGCAUCCCAGCAGCCCUUUCAUUUUCAGGAUGAUUCAACAAGCACUGGGAAUAACCUGACUAGAGUUAUUCUCUCAUUAUAAUUCAUAAAAAACAUUUCCAACCUCAAAUUAAAGCAUGUCUUGGAUAAAAAAGAAAAGUAAUUCAACACUAACAUCUUCCAAACAUUAGCAUGUUUCGGAAGCAGGUGGAGGUACACACUGCUAACUGCAUUUAUUGUUUUUCUGUCCCCUAGAGAACCACAUCCUGGAGGACGUGAACAAGUGUGUCAUCGCUCUGCAGGAGAAAGAUGUUGACGGUUUGGAUCGCACUGCUGGAGCCAUACGAGGACGUGCGGCUCGAGUCGUCCAUGUCGUCACCUCUGAAAUGGACAAUUAUGAACCUGGAGUCUACACAGAGAAGGUCUUGGAGGCCACCAAAAUGCUCACUGACCAAGGUACAGAAGAAACAGAAUUAUGUGACAACACAAAUGACAUUCAUUCCUUUUUCUUCAAUUACUUACCUUUCAGUUGAAUGAUUUCAUAAACUUUAAAUGAAUACUAUUUGAAACAUGCACCAGGAUUACUUCUCUAAUUUAUUUUAUUGUUACAGCAAGUUUAGCCUCUUUAUGCUUUUAAUUAUGGAUAUAUUAAAAAGGUACAUUCAAGCUUUCAUGAAUUAUAUACAUGUAACCAAAACAAAUGGGAGUUAAUUCGAUGUGCUUUGACCUGGAAGGUGAAACAUUCCCUCAAGAUUUUUUAAAAAUGUUUUUUUAUUUCCUUGCAUUCAUCUGUCAGCUCUCACUUCAAUGUGUUUUCCAUGAAAGAUUGAUUUGUCAUUAUUAAUUUAGUGUUUAUUGAAUCACCUGAACCAGUCUGCUUUGUAUGGGCAUGGUGCUUUUUCCACUUAAUGCCCAAUAAAGGUUUCUUGUGUCGCAGGCAGGGCCACAGUGAGACCUGUCUACUCGUUUUUUUUCUCUCCCGUUUCUCCUCUUUUGGAGCUUUUUGAAUGCUUUUACCCAGGAUACCAAUUUAAGUUUGAUUGUUAUGGCAUUUAAAAAGCAAAACACUUUUUGGCUACUCCUAGAACUGGCUUAGAAAAUGUAAUUUUCUGAUUACAGCCAAUCCCAUUUCUGUUAGAAGUGCAGCAUUGUGGGACGUAACCACCUCGACUAAACUUGCUCUGCUUAUCUGCACAGCAGGCACUGUUCAUUUGUCAGCUCGGCCUGAAUAUCGCAACCUCAAGUUAUGCUAUAGAGGCUGUUCCUGUCCAUAUGCUGCGCUGUAUCAUUAUCAGUGAGUGUGAGCCAUGUUAGCUUUCCAUCACAAGGAAGCUAACAAGAUGGCAGACCGAUUUGUCGGUUGUCAGAUUUAGGGACAAUUUAGCCCUCUUGACACAGCGCCUAUUAAAAGUCAGGAUAUGCAGGCUGGAAUUCAAGUGGGAUUUCUGCUGCGGCUGCGAGGUUAUGAGCUCUUGUGCCCUCCCCCCAAAAGAGGGAUGAGAGUGAGAUUUAAUAUCAACAAGGUCACACCUUAAUUUGUUCUCUGUCAGAGUAAAAUAUGGUGCACAAAACUGGACAAGUUUUCCAAAGGUGUAGUUACAGUCAAGUUUCAUGAACUUCACGUUAUGACGGUUAUUUAGAGUUUUUGUGUGCUGUAAACAUUAACCAUGGAAAAAGCUUGUCACAGUGUCUUGUACUUUGUGUUACAUGUUGUAGUUAUUCAAAAUGGUGAAGACUGUAAAAGCAGAAAGAAAACAAGUCCCUACAUAGGCAACUUUUAGAAAACAAAACACCGUUGUGACUGCUGCAUCGAUUCCUGACAGAUCCAAGAGUAUGUUUUUGUCACUGAAAAAGGAAGCAGGCACACUAUUAAUGAUGAUGAGUUGUUUUAAGCCUUUUGUCCUUCUAAUGCGAAUUGAUUUAAGACCCAGUCGUAAUAGAUUUAGAGUAGCAAUUGCUUUAUCAAUAGAAACCUUCAAUACUACUGGAUUUUUAAUAACUUUCCUUCCAAUGCAGUUUUUUAUUUUGUAGUUUGUAAGUUGAAAUUGUCCUAAAGCAACAAAACAAACUUCUCUCUCGUCCUCCUGCUGCUUUCUGCAUCCGCAUAUGCAUCCUUACAUCCGUGUCUCUCUCCUGUGAAGCAGAGGCUGAAUUCCUAUUACAGAAUCUGAAAUACCAUUAAUGCAGAUGUGCUGAAAAGCCCUCUGGAGCCGUUAUUAUAUCGUCAGUAGGGCAAAGUACAUGCCUGCUGGGACAGCUUUGUGAAACCUUCUACUGGAAAACUCUGUUAUGCCCAUUAUGGGAUCUGUUCCCCUCAGCACUUUCUUCCCUAUUUCUUAUGCAAGAGUAGAAGGCAGAGCAUUGGGUAGGAGGACCAACAGCACAAAAUUCUAUCAGUCAAAAAUGAUGGCAGAGAUGAUACUAUUUAAAUCGCCAUUCAGGAGCAGUAAGUAUGAGGUUGAUUUCCAGACCAGAGUGAGGCCUCACUUGCACAGUUUUAUGGAAAGAUCAAAUCUAAUUUUCAUUGUUAGAGGUUUUUGAAAGGUUUUGGAUGCCCAGUUUGAAACCCUUAUUAGGUUUUGACAUGAUCAGAACCUCUUUCAUACUUUACCUGCUCUUUUUGCUUUGUUCUCCUCAGUUUUGUUCCCCACUUUGUCAUUUUUUAAGUGAUUCUUCAUCAAUAUUGUUUUUCUCUCCCUCCUACCUUUGUCUCACCUUCCUCAGUCAUGCCACGCUUCACUGAGCAAGUGGAGUCUGCAGUCGAGGCCUUGAGUGCAAACCCCUCACAGCCUGUGGAUGAGAAUGAGUUCAUUGACGCAUCCCGUCUGGUGUAUGAUGGCAUUCGUGACAUUCGCAAGGCUGUCCUGAUGAUCAGAGUAAGUUGCAGCGUUGUUUUUCUGCUUGUGCAAAAAAAGGGACCCAGUCUUCACUCUGACCCGAGUCAAAAGACUUUUUCUAACUUAAUGACGGUAUUUCCUUUUUCUUGUUCUGUUUUUAAUCUGGUUCCUAUCCCCCUCUGAGCAUAAUCUAGGCUGAAACUGUUAGAGUGAAUAACGCUGUCUCUCUACUGGACAUUUUCACUUACAUGGAGAGGUUUACCUCUGACCACAUUAAGAAGCUGUAAUCCUCUGAAAACCACACCAGCGCUUUUGUAAAGGUCGAAAUUCAUUUCGCAUGGAGGGGAUUUAGGGUCAGAGUUCAAGGUUUAUUUGACGCUCUUGAAUUUAAGACAUUCCGACAGAAGGCAUCCAAUCCACAACGAAGUGAGAGGCCUUGGUUACUGUAGUGUGAUGUAAUUGUAUGUAUAUAUAGCCAUUGGUUUGUGCACCAGAUGCUGAUUCUAAUGGAACGUGAGAAAGCGUGUAUGCGUGCAGUCCUAGAAGCCAAUGAUUAACUUGUCUCAUGCAAGAGCAGACCUAAUUGACCAGACUUGCAAUCUAGUGUAACUGCAGCCUUGGUUGUCUGUGGGUUAAUGGCCUUUGCUUGAGUAGAACUAUAACUGAGACAGAUGGUAGUUGGGUACCUAAUUGACUGACUAUGUGCCGACAACAAAAGCCACUCCAGCUGUAAAGAGAAAUGGAUAGUUCUUGGGGCUUUACGGUAUAUACCUACUCUAACUACUCGAGACUGUCAGAUGGCCUUUUUUUUAUAUUAGGAGGCAAGUGAAUUUAUUUAAAGCGCUUCUCGUGUCUAACAGUACCUAAUUAUAUAUUUGCUAUGUAGCGCUACAAUGAGCUGGUUGGUUGUAUUAUGUCAUCUUCCAUUAUUUUCAACACUUUAAUGGUUUGAAUUGGAAUCAUUAGUCUUGACAGCACAUUUUGUGUUGACAGCGGUGCUCAAAAGCUCCGCCUGGGCUCCCAUGAAUAAUGCAGCCCAGACAUAGACAAGCCCAAAUGAGUGAGGGACAGUCAUACAGUAUUUGCAUUAUAAUAAGCAAUUGAUUUAAGAUGGAGUUUUUAAUUAGCAUUCUUUAAUCCGACUGCAAGCCGGAGAGCUACAUUCAAUUUCCAUCUGCCCCAGCUCCACUCCUGUUAUCCAGAUUGAUUAAGCUGUUAACACCGGGCCUCUGAGGCUGACUGUACGCUACCAGGUGGGUGUGUGUGUAGGUGUGCAAGUGUGUCAAAAAUAACGGAAGAUUUAUGAAAAGUCUGUCUCACCUAUAAUUAAUCCGUCAGAAUAAAUCUGCCAUUCAGAGCGGCGGAUGUUGGUGGGAAUCAACUCCAACUUCAUCUGUUAUCUUACAAGGAAAAUUAUGCAGCCCCCCCGACGGGUUCGCCGGGUUGUCUUGAUCAGGUGCGCGGGGUAAUCAUCACAGGUUUGGUGCUGAUUAUUCAGCAGGAAAUACCUCAGCUAAGAAAUAUUAGAGCAGCGUUUUUGCAGCAGCUUCCUUCAGAUCAUUUUAGUGAGGUUAAAUAAGUGUUAAAAAAAACAUUAAGUUAUGUCCUAAAGAUUUUGUUUGCUUGGCUGAACUGCCCCACAGUAGCACAGUUUCCAUGUGAAACUAGGCAUGUUCAGCUCUGAGCCCCAACGAAUAUGAAAUAUUCUAAACCAGCUGAGUACUAUGAGACAUCUGCUCUCGAGGGCUUGUCCACACAGCCUCACAAACAAAACGCGCGCACUCGCACUCCUCCUAUAAACCCUGACUUGCACGCGCCGCGCACUGAAAUCAGAGUAGACAAGUGUGCUGUUGGGGCGACUAAAGAUGGACAAGUCUUUAACCUUUGUAAGUAGCGCCCAGGCAGCCUAUGUUGGACAUCCCCCGGUUAUUUGACAGAUGGACAGAACCCUUUCCCACCUACAGCGACAUCAGAGAACAUGCCCCCCGGACAUCAGACUGUCUCAAAGUCAGGGAGCUGCUGACAGCCAGAUACAGGGGGCAGCUGUCGUUACCUUAUGAUUUGUGCAGGGUGCCACGGCUCAAGGUGAUUUGGCUGGCUCUGUCCUCAGAAAGCUCCGGGGGGAUUUUACUGUCGGACUGCCCCGUCUGUAUCUAGCAGCAGGCAGAAAUACAAGAUAAGAAUAAGACCUCGUUUUUUUCCUGUUGCGAUACUUUUAUUCCAGCUCUCAUCCUGUCUUCUGUCUCUUAUCCAUCCGACCUCAGACACUAUCUACUAAAAUGUGACAUACAGAGGUGAAGCAGAUAGAGCUGAAUAUUUCAGCUUUUAGACAGUGUUGGACAUUACUAAAUUAAAUAUUGAUUCAGGUUUUUUGCCUCAGCAUGAAUUAUGGUAUUAAAGUUUUAUUUUCUGUGAUAGUAACAGUGCUACUUUCACAGAAUCCUUUUUUAAUAUAACUGCAGGCUGUUGUUGCCACUUCUCUACAGUUCUGUCCCAUCGGGCGCUCACUAUGAGCUAUCAUUUGUGAGCGUCCCACAUUCACAGGUUAUCUGUUGCGCAGGCCACAGCAGGUGAUAUCUCUGCCCCACUGCACAGCAUUGUCUGGGUUGAAAGGGAUGCCUGUGAGUCACUACAGCUUUGUAUCUGAAACCUCUAUUCCCCUGAGAACAAGAGCAUCUCUACAUCCCAUAAAGCAGUGUAAGGUUAUUCAGAGACCUUCAGCUAUUUUUAGACGUGGGGGCUCCAAAUCCAUUACAGAAGGGAGGUAUUGAGACAGCUGGAUAAGCACAAGUAGCGGCAGAGGCGUGAUAAUGCACCUUUAUCUGUCCACAUCACCCUCCCUGUGCCUAUAUCAUCACCAAAUACAUUUCCCUGUCAGUCAGUAUUGUAUUUUGCCUCAAGCAUGACCUGUUGAGAUAGAAAUUCUUUUGAAUAUUAAUAUUUAUAGAAGAAUACUUGCUUGUCACUUGUUUUGCAUUCAAAGCAAGGGAAGAGGUGAGGGAUCAGAGAUGAAGUAGAUACACUCGAGGAGAACACAACUCAUGCCUCACAUGCCUCUUUACAGACAGCAGCGACAGAUGGGACUGAAGCGUUUAGCUCCCAAUAUGUUUCCUACCAGCUUGUACCUUCAUUUCCCCUCUCAGAAUGCACAGGCAGCACAUUACACUUGAUUUACAAAUUCAUCUAGAGUUUACAAUUUCUUGUACCAAGCUGUGGGGAAGAAGACAUUUAUCUGAUGCUGCCCUUGCCAGCAGUGCCAAAGCAUUUCUCACACAUAGUAAGCAGGUUGGUUAUUUAAUAGUGCUCAGCAGGCUGUAGUGUGCCAAUAUUGCUUUGUGUUCUUCACUCAUAUCUUAUAUCUUUUUCUUGCCUUUUUACUACCCUGUCUCUUGUUUCUUUUGCCCAUCCUGUGUAGUCGACUGUUUUGAUUUACUCCUCCUGGUUGGCCCUUCCUUCACCUCUCUCUCUCUCUCUCUCUCUGUCUGUUGUCCUGCUACAGACUCCAGAGGAGCUGGACGACUCUGACUUUGAGACUGAAGACUUUGAUGUUCGCAGCAGGACCAGCGUGCAGACGGAGGAUGACCAGCUUAUUGCCGGCCAGAGUGCAAGAGUAAGAUGUCCAUCGCUUCUUACAGCUUUUUCGGCUGUAUCUGACAUUCUCUGCUUCUACCUUUGAAAUUUUCAGCUGUUGAAUUUUACCCACGCCACCCUGUGAGAAGUGAAAGAUGUUUGCAUCAAAAAGCACAUGUUGAUUCCAAGAUAAGAAAAAAUACUUGAAAAAUGUUAUUAACUUACUAGCUUGUGUAGCGUUUGUCAGUUCAGUUGAAUCCUAGUUAGAAAGUUUCUGCAUUAUCUUUGACAUAUCUUAACGACAAAUGUUAUUACUGCCUGUGUUUGGAAAAAAUACUUGAAGACACUAGGUUAUUGAGAGACACCCUGGUUGCUGAUACUCAGCAACUGCUUACUAACAGCUGGUUUUAUGCAAUAACUUCUUUUUCACCCUUAUCUUUAUGUAGAGUUUUAUCCAUAUCCACUCUUGUUCUUAACCUAGUCUUCUAUUAUAUUGUAUUGUGUUAAAAAUAGAUGUUACACAUAGAUUUGCAUGGAUAUUUUAGUCCAAUAACAGACUUUUGAUCUUCUAGUGAUGUUUGUCAUGAAAUAACUCUUGCUGUAAUAACAGGCAUUAGACCUAAUGCACUUAGUAACUUAGUAGAGGGGAAAACUCAGUUAAAUAAAAUAGGGGUGCCCAGGUACAACUUUUCUUUCCCCCUCCGAUACAAUAUCGAUAUUGUAGCCUUCAAUAUUGGCAGAUACCGAUAUUGAUCCGAUUUUAGCACAAACCUCUGCAAGUUUUGCACUCAGCUGCAACAUCUUUUUCGGACUUUAAUGAAAAAUAUUGUAGAGAUGCAACAACCAUUUUUUCCCAAUCCAAUCCGACACUGAUACCUGGGCUGAGCGUAUCGGCCGAUAUCCGAUACCAAUCCAAUACUACUGUUGGAUGAGUGAACUGUAUACCUUGCCCUGUGAGUGAAGGCAUCCGGCUUGACAUUUUCCUUGUUAAAAAAAAGGUAACAAAUGAAGACAGAUAUUAAUUUACUUUACAUUAUUUAUUAACAAAUAAAAAUUUGCACAUUAGCACACAGCAAACAGUAGUAAGACUUCCAUGUAAACAUUUAGUGCAAAUGGAUAGACCGACAUAGAAUAUAGAGCGAACAGAAUCGCUGUGUUGCUGUGUGUGAUAUUAACUAAAAAAGAAAAAAAAAGGCUGGAUUGGCGUUUCAAUAUCUGAUCCAAAUAUCAGAUCGGUGCAUCCCUGAAAUACUGCCACAGGUCCGACAUCACUCCUACUCUUUGGUACUUUGUUAGUACCUUAGUACACACUGUUGUUGUGAUCACAUGGGCUCUACAUGCUGGAUCGGGGUGCUGCUAGAUAGAGGUGCUGGAGCGAAAUCUGGAAUGGACUGCAUGUAUAAGAGUGCUUAUACUGGAGAUUUUAGAUGCAGGCCGAUAUAGUCUGAUAUUUUUUUUAUUUAUUAUUAUUAUUUUUUUUGCUGAUAUCAGACCGAUAUCGAUAUCGUAUUGGGUCACCCCUAAUAUAAAAUCUUCUAUAAACAUCCUCCAGUCUUUUGGAACCCUCCCAGUUUCAAUCAUCCGUGUGUUUAGUUGAUGUCUCCACUGUUAAGGUCACACAGAUACCUACGUGAUAAUCAACGGCUGCUCCAUGUCUCCUUGUUUGAAGAUGACUGUAUAGCACAGAAUUCCAGUGAUAGGCCAGCACUACCAUUCUGUCUAUGUGAGCAUCUGCUCCCUUACAAAACAGCUUUUGUCUAUUUUCACAUCAGACGUUAUUGUACCUUUAGAGGCUUAGUGCAUUAAUGAUUUAAAGAAAACAAGGUAAUAAGUUAAUCUCUGGAAUCCCUACGGGCAGAGUGAUCCAUCAGUACUGUUCCAUGCUGUUUGUUAUGUUCAUUAAAGAUUAUCAGACUCCUUUGUCAGGUAGGCGCUUCUCAUCUUUGCACCGCCCCGAACAGCUUUGUUCAAGCUUAGAUGACUCUAGAGAGGGAGUCCUAUUUACCAGUAAUGGAAUGAACACUCCUGCAAUGAUAUUAGAUUUCCUGCUCUUAAGUGUCUGCCCACUCCGGCCUCACAAGCUCAUUCAUUGAAUGUCUGAUUGCCUGUUUGGAGGCUGCCCUUUAACCGUCCUAGAGAUGAUACUGAGCACAGUUUGAAAAAAAAAAAAAACCUUCAUAUUGCUGUCUUUCGCGGAGAGUAUGAAAAAUACUAGGAGAUGUUACAUGACAUUUCGUGGUCGUGAACCGUAUUGAUUGAAGGUUUUGUUAGAGAAAAGAAUUCGGACUCCCCUUUUAACCUGGGGCAUUCAGCUUUGGCUACACUGAUAUACAGAAAAGACCGUUUCUUUGGCCGUUUUUGGGUCUUUGAAGACUAGUGUAUACUGAAAAGAGUGAAAAUGCAAGUGAGCAGUUCAACCCUGACAUAUCCAGACAAAAACUUAACCUUAUAUACACAAAAAACAGCAUUUGAAUGCAGUAGACAUAUUCCAGAUGUGCUUAUCUUAAAUUAUUGAUUGCACUGUUGUUGGACUGGAUUGGAUUAUAUUUGGGGGUGACUAGGUGAUACUACCUACUUAUUACAGUAUUAUAUUAGGAACAAAACUAAUUUGAUUUACUUUUAUAUAGAUGUAACCAGCAUAAAAUGACUUAAGGUCUACCUGAUUUAAGAGCUAGAUUGUCUGAAAACGUUUGUAGUGUGUCAUAAUGUUAGUGUUUCUCUGCCAUGACCAUAUUCCUCUGUGACAUAACAACCUUAACCUUAUGAAAUAGCACAAAAACAAAAAUGCCCCGGAGACAGAAUUCAGCACUGUACAUUUCCCAUAAUUUCUCCUUUAGGCUAUCAUGGCUCAGUUGCCUCAGGAGCAGAAGGCAAAGAUCGCCGAACAGGUGGCCAGCUUCCAGGAAGAGAAGAGCAAGCUGGAUGCUGAAGUAUCCAAGUGGGACGACAGCGGCAAUGACAUCAUCGUGUUGGCCAAGCAGAUGUGCAUGAUCAUGAUGGAGAUGACAGACUUCACCAGGUGAGUUUCACAAACAGUUUGGCUCCAACCUAAAGCGUUUUUUUUUCUGUCUUCAUGAGUGGAGUAAAUGAAUAGUUUGAAGAAUAUUUGCACAUCUUUAGUUAGUAGUUCUAUUUUGCUGCACAUGACCACUGCAUAUCAUCAUGCUGUCCUUACUUAAAUAUUUGCGCAGUACAACUCAGGCAACACGCCUCCCGGAUAGAAACCAUACUCAAGUUAAGCUCAAUGCAAUCUCCCAGUAAGCCGACAUUUGUUUCCUGACAUUGUUUCAUAUCUGCACAAUUCUAUGCACCAAGUUUAACACUCCUGUUCAUGCAUCAGUGCUCAUCAUUUUCCUCAAGCAGCACUGUAGGUAGGAUUUUCUUCAUGAUUACCACCCCCUUCCCCCCUCGUCUUAGUAUUACCCCUCCCUUCUGGUGUAUCAAAGAGGCCAGACUCACUCAGCAGCUGCUACAGGUUGGCUUUAUUUCCACUAGUCACUGGUUUGCUGAGAUACUAAUGAUGGCAGGGAGGCGGUUGGACCAGAAACCAAGCAAGUAUGAUGGAAUAUUUUGAAACAUCUUUGCAGUAAUAUUGCUCAAAAUAUGCAUCCGCUAAAAACAGUCAGUGGGUCUUAAAAGUUUCUGUGAUGAAAAGCAGGGUGUUUACUGCAAACUUCUCAAGUAUUGAUUUCUGCAGAAGCACAGCAGUUUGGGAAAUCUCGCUAAUGUAACCAAGUCCUGGAGAGAGAAGGAAGAUGUUUUUAAGGUUAAUAAGCACCACACAGACUUUAGAAACAUCAGUUUUUGAAAAUUAAAACUACACAAGUGACAUAACCACCAAAUAAAACAGAUGACUAUGAUUUAUUUAUUAUCAAAUACACUGAAAAGUCACAAUCCUCUGUCCCAGACAACUUUGUGCAACGAUUGGAAUUUCUUUUGGGAGCUAUAUCCACAUGCAGUUAGAAAAGCCUGUUCUUAUUGUACAUUAUACUUGACUGUAUAACUCUUGUGUUCAUAGAGAAGUUUACAAAAUUAAACCUUUAAUCACUUUCAAUGAUAAGUUUCUGGACCAGCUUUAGGUCCUCCAGGUCCCUGUUUGGACUUGUCCACCAUGCAGCACACUGCUAUACUUUUGCUGCACAAAUAUUACAACACUCUGAAGUUUUACUGUAUUUCUGCUUUUUAUGAAUUUAGUUAAAAAUCCUCUUUGUUUUGGAGAUGUAACAUCAAUAAACAGGAUGUUGUGGUAUUUAAUCAAGACAUUAAAAUACAAUAAUAGACCCGAGGUUGUUUUGGUCAAAGUUUUUACAUAAACCUUUUUUUUUUUUUUUACCACCCUGUGUGUGUAUGUGUAUGAGUGUGUGUUUAUUUGAGCAUAUGUGGAGGAAACAUUUUGACCGGCUGACUUGGUUUGUGCCCGACUGUUUUCGUAUGACUCUGCCUUUUUGAAUAUUUAAGCGAAUUAGUCAGAGGACAUUUUGUGCCUAACUCUGAGUCACGUCCCUAAUGACGUUGAAAAGCUGCCUGUUUACUGUCUGAAUGGGUCAAAGAUCCCGCAUCCUUGGCCAGACAUAAGAUACUGGAAAGCAGCAAAGUUCAAAAUAUGAACAAGGACAGUGAUCUGACUGAGGCUCGACACAACCCUGCAAUUUCCUAUUUGCUUCAAUUCUUUCAUAGGACAGCGGAGAGAAAAAAAGAGACAACUGCCUUUUGCAUUACAGGAACUGUGUACGCAGUGCACAGAUUUGAAUGGAAUGCAAAUGAUGCUGCUUCCGCCCAGAGUGCCAUCCAUGUUUCCUCAUCAGAUGCUGCAGCUGUGUAUAUGUAUGUUUAAGAGGUUGUUGAUUGCAGUGACAUCUGUAUAUCAAAACGAAGGCUUCAUCUCUCAGUCGAGAGGAGACCCAAGGAAUUGAAAUUCAAACGAGAAUCUCUUCAAGAAGAGAAACAGACCCUUCAAGCUUCUUUGACACUGAAUUUAUUCUCAACCAUUUUGGUCCUCUGUCUUUGGUUCAGUUUGGCACACAUCUGGUAUUCAUCUUGAAAAUGUCUCAUGUGAUUCCAGAUUGGUUUCAUUCUGUGUUGUCCAAACAGGCAUAAAUUAGGCUUUUUUUUUUUCUCUUUAAGUGUUGCUGUUCACUUAACCUGUUGACCAACUCACAAGCUCUGAUCAUUGAGGGAUGAAAUAAGAGAAGUACUGUGCACCUUUGCAUGGCUGCCUGCCAAGGCAUUUUAUAUUUAGCCGAUAGUUUGGGAAAAGAAACAACAACAAAGCCUCUCAUUCCCAGCAUACUUCAUCUUGCACUGCAGAGCUUGGUGAAGGUUAAAUUGGCCUGUGUGUUUACAUGUACACAAUGCACUAAUGGAACGGCAACUUGAAGACAGGUUUGUGCUUUUUUGUUGCCAUAACUUGGGAAGAAAACCGGUGAAUGUUUGUGCUGGUGCAGUGACUAUGAGUUUAAGAUCGCAGCUAAAUAUUUCUGCUGCCUAAUUGGUACACAGGCAUUGUGUAGGCCAGUGUGUGUCUGAUAAAGCGCACACACACAUACACUCACACACACGGAUGUUUGUCAGACUGGAUAUAUGACUGCACAUUAUGCCUUGACUCUGGCAUGCAGUAGUAGCACAAGGAAGGUCAGUAGCUAGCUAAUUCAGCCUGCACCCAAAUUAUUGCCCCCUCAACCUUGAGCUGGCACAAAGCCCUGCCAAGGUUAAUGCUGGAAGAGGUAAUUGUUUUGGACCCCUCUCCUGACAAACCUGCAGAGAGUGAGAUUCUUGUUGACUCCUGCAUUGCUUAUGGCUGUAUGACAGCUCUCAUGAAUAAGUCAUGUGUGGCUUGGAAACAUGCGAUGUAUUUGGGGGGCCACCUACCUUGGAGCAUUCUGUGCUCAGCCUGAUGUGGCGUUCACCCAUCUGGAGACAUGCAGCUGUCACCAAACCUGAAGUCCCUCGUCUUUUCUCCAGGUAGAAAUCCAAUACGAAAAUCUCAGACCUCAGGUCUCUUGUCCAUCUUUGUGGCCUUUUUGUGCUUUUCUUGUUGUCGCUUUGCUGCUAAAACCAAGCUCAGGAUGCUAAGGAAAUGUAGCAGCUGGCCUUAAUAUCUUCAAGUUACAGAAAAAGAUUAUUAAAAGGAAUCAGAAGAGAGGAAGAAAUCAGUGGUUGUUUUAUUUAUUAUACAUUAUAUGGAUAUAAUACAUUUGCAUGUGACGUUUUCCAGUGUUUUACUAAGACUGCUCCAUCCAGAGGUGCUUUCCCCCAGAACCCAUCACACUCUGCCUUAAGCAUCGUCUCCAGGGGGUUGACUAUUCCCCAGGGAAGCGCCAGUCUGUGCUCCACGAGGACCCUGACUUGCUUUACAGCAGAGCAGCAGAGGGAGCGGAUGAGAGGGGAAGGGUGGGAGAUGGGAGCAGAGGAAAGAGGAAGCGAGAGAACAGAACACGAAAUUCCAUCUGUUCUGGGUUGGAUAGCUCAUUUUUUAGCCUGAAGAGAGCAGCUUUGAAUCCAAUUUGUGCCUCUUGCCAACUGUGUCUCAGAGUCCCUUGUGGGGGCAGAAAAAAACGGCAAAUGGUUGACAAGCUUACAGUGGGUUGGGUCAGGGCUGGCCUGACCUGUGUUGGGAUGGGCUUUGUGUGGCUCAGCAAAGGUCAAGACUGGAUGUUUAGCUUUAGGACAAGGACCAGAGCCUUUAAAUUGAAUGUUUCUACGUACAAUUCCAGAGCCCCUUUUUCUCUGGCUGCCCUUUUUUUGUUCUUUACCUGGAUGGAAGCCGCUAAACAAGUGAAGAGCUUGUGAAUGUGUGUAUAGGGCUUUCAAGAGCAACCAACAUAUAUGGAACCAAUCCAAUUUUCAUCUCAGCCUUUUGAUAAACCCUCCAAAGCUGCUCGAAUAGAGGGGGCUGAGCAGAUUGAUUUGAGAAUAUCUGUUGCUAUUUGAAACAUAUGGUGACAGUUGUAAUAUUACAGUCUCCUGUACCACGGUUUCCUCCGAUUUUGAGUUUUAUUGUGCUGCCAGUUUCUUAAAAUAUAUUUUCAGAGCUUUGUUGAUCAUAAGCUGAAACUAGAAAUAAAAAAAAAAAACUGUGUUUGACUCCCUCCUUUUGAACACGGGUCAUAGAGCUUGAAAAAACCAUAGUAUGGCAGCAUGGGGCCAAGGUGAAACUGGAGGGUGGUCCUCUGCAUUUAAGGGCUUAGAAAACCCUUAAAUCUUUGAUUGGACAAUAUGAUGCCAGAGAGUGUACGUACAGUGAGUGUGUUAACAUCUGUGGAGCAGCAUGCACAUGUAUUUUUUGCUUAGUCUCCCCGAACUAUUCCCAUAAGUCACGCUUCUCUAUCCACGCUUGCUGCCGCCGCCUGAAAAAUAACCCUCCAAAAACAAACAGACGCUCCAUGACUGAGAUGCUGCUGCAGCUGCUGCAUAUGAAAUGAGGUUGCUGAAGAUCAAAAACAGUGAGUGAUCUUUCCACUUUUUUCUCCCCAGGGGUAAGGGGCCACUCAAGAACACGUCUGAUGUCAUCAGCGCUGCAAAGAAAAUUGCGGAGGCGGGAUCAAGAAUGGACAAGCUGGGCCGCACCAUUGCUGACAAUGUAAGUUAAUGAACCUCCGUCCCGAAGGGGUUUUCUGUGGACUACACCUUUGUGCCAGAGACCCCAAUAUAUAAUUAGAAUUGUAUUUGAGAGCCACAUUGACUUUGUCAAUGACUUUGCCCGGUUAAUUAGCAACAGGUGGAGCAACAGAGGAACACAAAGGAACGAGUUGCUUGAUCUUGUAGAGAAAACAGAGUACAAAUGUCAUGAUGUAAUGCAAAUGUUGCACUAUCUACAAAAUGAUUUGUUGAGUACAAAACUAGAAAGGAAACUCUAAACCCUCCUCCUGAGUUAGGGUCUGUACAAACCUGUUUUUGUUUUGAAGGGCUUAAAAGAACCACAUAAAUUUGCUUUUUGCAUCAAGACUUUUUGACUUUGUCAGGAACCUUUAUUUUAACAAAAUUAAAAAAUUAAAAAUUGACUUAACUAUAAAAUGCUCUUAUUAAAGUUAUUGCACUUGUCAUGCUAAGGUCACUGUUGACCCAGUUAGAUUAAUAUCUAAUACUCAUAUGCGCACUGUCAGGCAUCACACUGACAGUCAGAUCCUCUUCCAAUCAUGUGAGAUUUAGGAAAUUCUCAUUUUGCCUGUUUUUUCCCUGCACAAAAAAACGUCAGUCAUGUCCAGACAUGUGAGAUCAAUUCAGAAUAGAUGCCCGUAUGAGGGGUACACUGACAAAGAAAAGCCCAGAGGCCCACAACAAAAAAUAUAUUAUCAGCAAUAUUUUCAUGGAUAAUGAAGCCUAACAAGGUAACCUAGAGAUGAGAACCAAAUUGGAUGAUAGAGAAUUGUUUUUAGUGUAAUUUACAGCUGUUUUAAGCAGAGGUUGAAACCGACCCUUAACAUAGUGGGUGCAUAGCAAAAGCCAACACAGGAGGAAGGUUAAACUAUGCAACAAAAUCAAGUCAGCUUCACUGAACUCUAACCUGAAGGAAUACGACCGACAAGAUUUCACUGCUCUUACAAGUAUCAGUGUAUCAGUAAGAGCUGCACAACAUUCAUGUGAUGGUUUUUGACUCAACUUAGAAGUUAGACUUACUAUCUAUUAAGCCCUGAAUGUUUUCACUGCGAUACACAAGUCAAAAGCACGAGUGAGUCAAGUUCUUCAUCAUCCAAAUGCACAGCUUGUUCUCAGCUUCAGAGUUUCUAGGGGAACUGACAGUGCUGCGAGCUUUUGUUGCUUGCACUGAGUUUGAUGAAGCUAAGCUCUCACACAGAUUGGAUCUUGACACUCCUUCCUUUUGUUUUUUAAAUGUUUUGUGCUCCGUGUUAGUCAGACAGAGAGACUCAGAACACGAGGCAAACUUUUUCUUAGAGACUAUCCUCUUAUUAAGGCAUGUCUGCCAAAGCGCAGCACUCUGUUCGUCUUUUUGCACAGAUCCUUUAUAUUAUUUUAUGUUUUUGUUUUUUUCUUAUUUGCACGCUAGGAAGUGAAAUACAAGUAAGGGGUUCACACUGCAGAGCUCCUCAGAUGCAGGAUUUGAGUUAUUCAUGACACGGCCCGUACCAGUCUUUACCAAUUUCUUUCAGGAUCAAACACUCCCUCCCCCUCUUUCUCGGUCCUCCAUCUCUCACUCCCCAAUUCCCGAUUCCAUCAUCUCUCUGCAUCUGUCCUUUCCCCAGAGACUAUGGUCCUUGACAUAGGGAAACACACAUUCAAUUAUCCAUAGCCUCAUAUUUCACUUAAAUACUUGCACUGUACCACACCUCAGGGAGACACUGUACUUGAUUUAUCUCCCAACUUAUUCAUGUGCCACCUCUUAGGCAGAGAUGCAUCGCCUCUGUGUCUGCAAUAUGUAUACGUUUUGUUGUUAAAUCAUGAAAGAGUUUAGUUUUGAUGUUUGCAACCAGACAUGGUUGUCAGAUUGAGGGUUUCUUCUGUAAAGAUGUCGCUCGGCUCCGAGGUUUAGACGCACCAGCUGUGGAUUACUGCACUCCUAUCCUUGAACACACGCUCAGCGAGGCACACGCCGGCUCUGGAUGUUUGCUGUAAGAUUUCGAUUCUGAUAACAUUGGAGGCGUUUUGGAAAGUCUCUCUCUUACUCUGGCGUUGUUGACAUCUCCACUGAUAUGUUGGCAAAACAACAUAACAGCAGAAAGCCUCUUUGUUAAGUAAUGAGUCCUUUCAAAUUGAAUGAUUCAUGGCCAACUACAACACACGCAUAUCAAUGCAGUACACUGGUCAUUAACAAAUCUGUUUGAAUCUACUCUGCACAUUAGUCUCUAAACAGUCGAGGUAUGCCUACACAAAGCAGUGUUUAAUUAUUGAUUCAAGGUUUAUGUUGUUUCUUUAUGGCCCUUUCCUUGGGGUUUGUUGUGUAACAAUACAACAAGAUAUUGUAUGUCUGGAGCUGCUGCUGCAUGUGUGGAGUACAGUAUAAUCCACAUGCACUGAAAAUGAGGAAUAGAUCUAUAAAAUUUAAUUCAAAAGGAUUAAUGGAUAAUGCUAACAUUCAGAGAGGAUGUAAUAGGUAUACUGGGGGUAUUUAGAGUACGUUUGCGUUAUUGGUGCCCAACCAGGGUUUUUUUUUUUAGUCCUGCCACUCAUAUUGGAACAUCUGCAUUCAGGUUUUAGCAGAUCUCCGAAAUAAUGAGCUUCUGGCCGCCUCCAGCCAAGCAGGCCUGAUCAUUUAUUUAAAGGUGCCCUCAGAUCCUUCAUGUUACAGGUCCACGUCGAUCACAAAGUGAGAGUCGGAACUGUUCUGACCUAAUUGCAUCCGAAUCGUCUGAAUAGGGAAUAAGCUGUUCUGGAAAGUGACUUUUUUAUGCUUCACUGCUGCUUUUGAAGAUGCUUAUUCACUUUAAUGAAAACAGUGUUAUCCCCCAAAGAAAACAGAUGGGCAACUGUGCAGGUGUGUGAGCGUGCGUUUAUGUGAGUGUGCGUUUAUGUUUGUGUGUGUGUGUGUGUGUGUGUUUGUGUGUAGCUGUUCCUACAUCUGAACGCUGCGAUGGACUGGCCCACCUCUCUUCAAGCACAUGUGUAUAAAUGUGGAGGAUAAUUUUAUUCUCUCAUCUUUUAUAAGUGCUUAUAAGUGCUUGAUUUGUUAUCUUUUAGCCAUGUGUGUAUGCAUGUUUGUGCGUGUAUGUACGCCAUUCUGGGGUUUUGGGGGUUGGGGCACUCAGAGAAUGAAUAAAUGAAGAGCUUUGGCUGUGGGAACACAAGUCUUUGCCAGGAGUGAGGACCCCUCCAGCCUCUGAACCCAUCCAGCUGUCCCUCUUAGCCUUUCUCUCUCAGCAGAGACCAAAACACUAGCAGUCCAGGCGACACUCACCCGUAACACAUCAGCCUGGGCUUUCAGUGAUGGACAAGAGGAAGAGUAGAGGGGAAUGAUGGAGACACGACGCAGGGAGAGAGAAAAAAGAAGGAGCGCAUACAUGUGGGGAGAGGAUCAUCCCUCAUGAGAGAUGAAUCCAUUAAGAGUGCUUCGCCUUUUAAUUAGCAGUAUAAUUGCCAGGUGGCAGUUUAAAAAAUUAAUUUAUUUACACAAGCAGUUUAUAUUUAGAGCUAUAGCUGGAACAAAGCAGGAGAUGCCACAGGCCCACUUUAAGCAAAGACGUGGCAUGUUGGGAUGGUCUCUCCGAACUCCAGCAGCAAUAGGGAAGUGAUUCACCACCAAGAUGCACACAUACUGACAGCAGACAGCGAGCAAAGGCAAUGCUGGGACUGCUCAUUAACCUAGGCAUAUUAAUCACUUGCGCUCUGUGCCUCUGGCCUGCAGGGCCUGUGAGGGUUUACUCCUCAUAUAAAACACAUCGGCAGAUGGUCCCAGACUGAUAGCACAGCAUCUCAACCCACAUUUUCCUUUGCGAGACUGUGUCAAGACGUGUUUUGGUUUCGUGCAUAUUGUAUUCAAAAGAAAGAGGUGCAGGUGGACAUGAUCUAGGUUGGGGUUUCUAAAAAACAGUUAAAUAUGUGUAAUAGAGCCUCAUUAAAUUUUAAAGAAAUGAGUGUAGUGCACAGAGAUGAGCUGCAGGAUUUAGGUCAGUGCUGUACAAAGGUCUGCACUGCAGUUUAUUAAGAAUUUAUGACCCUCCUCUGCAGGGCACCUUAUGAGAAUUCCAUCUAAGCCGACUGGUAAACAAAUAAUGCUAUGUAAUUGAGAUUUAUAAUGUAAAUGUGUUAGCCACUGUGUAGCCCAUAAAUUUCUGCUGCUUGCCUGCUGCCCACAUAAACACUUACAUGUACACAUACAAACACAUGCACAUAAAAUAAGGCCUGCAUAUUUAGAGAAUGGGCAUGUGCUAGCUGUGUGCAGGCGAGCUUUAUUCUCAUGAUGUAUACUGACAUACAUAGUGUACUUUUCCAAUUUGCAUUCAAUCAGUGGAGAUUUAUGGUGAUCCAUGGGCUCUGUUGCUGGUCACAGUCUAAUCCCGGCACUGGCCCUAGACGCUUUACAGCAGACAGGGCUGUAAAUUACCUACUGCACUGCAGAAGCAAAAUCACCCAUAGAGUCCACAAAUUCUCAGCUCAGCAGUUCAAGGGUCAGCCCUCAGCCAAACUGCAGUUCAACCCUACUGAGUGAGGCACACCUUACACGCAGCUAGAGAAAACAUAUCAAUUCCUCACGUAAUUGUUUUGAAAGCUAUCUGAUAAUCCAAUAUUUUAUUAUUUUAGGUUAUCCCGCAUGUCCUUGAAAAGAAAUAAGCCACACAAAAGCCAUCUAUGGUUCUCAAAGAGCAAUCACAGCGAGAACAGCCACACACUGUGCUCCAAUUUUUCAUGAAGUUGCCCUUUUUCCUUUUUAGUUCAUGAUGAAUGCUGUGACUUUGGCUGGCACAGCUCAGGUGCAUAUUUUAAAAGAUUUGAAAGCCUUGGGUAAAGUUGUUUUCCACCUGCACUUGAAAAUCUUUGAGGGGAAGGUUUUUGAGCAGUCUCUUUUAAAGUGAACCAAACCGGAGGAAAAAGCCCGGCCGAAUAAAUAAAUGCCAACGUAUAAAAGUUUAAACUCUUUAACAAGUCUGUUUAUACUCGACCAUUCUGUGUCAGCCGUGCGAGGCUAUCAGUUUUGCUUACAAGUAUGAGAGUGAAAUGCCUGACUGACAGGUGCAGCAGGUACAUUAAAAAUUGAUGAGGGCCAUUUAAUUGGUCCCUGUGGUUACCUCUAAAGUCUGUCUUUUUGGCGCGCCCCCAGCUUGAUGUUCUCCUGACACCCUGUCUGCUUCAAUGUCACAUUAACAUUCCCCUGUCGCCACUGUGAUUGAAUCGGCCGCGCACAAAUAUGGAGCAUCCUUUGCAGCUGCAGCGGUGAAGGAGUAGAUGUGGUUAUCCCUUUCUGUUUUGAAAUUGAUCUUGAUUGAUCUGUGUAGAUCAUGAUUGCAGAUUUCGACUUCAGAGGAACAGAGACAGCUGCAACUGGAUGAAAUCUAAUGAAGAGCAUCAAACCCAAAAAGCAGGCAGUUUUUUACUAAAUCUGCUUUUCUUUGUGAUCUAAAUUUAUCCCUUUUUCUUUUCUUCUACUUUAAAAAGACACAUUUAAACAUUCUCUACAGAUAACAGUGUAAAAUGAAUCAAUCCCAGUCGCUGUGGAGCACUAUCUUCUACUUCAGUUUCUUCCUGAAGUACCAGAACAGUCUGUCAUGCUUCGUCUUCUGUAUCUCCUUAAACUUUGCCAUAGAUCUCAGGCACACUGUUAUUCCCAGUGGCAGUCUGCAAACUGUAACCUAUAUAUCUCUGCAUCCCUACUUCCCCCCUGGCAGUUUUGAGGUGUAAUGGCAGAUAAAGGUUCCCGCUGGCAUUUUGUCCUGAAGGUCCUUACCCAGGUUAGGCAGAGCUAAUUAUCCACAAGCCUCCAUCAUCCGCACAGCCACACAAAUGUCUGAUUUAUUCUUUUAUUUUUCUUCCCCUGCUCAAUGCUUUAGACGUCAGAGGUGUAAACCUGCACGGUGAAUCAUGCUUUCUGGUUCAAGGUUUGUUUCCUUCCUUUUGAGUCGGGGGAAAAAAAAUGCAGCCACAACACCACAUGGCUUCCCUCAAUAAUGGUUUUUGUGUUUGUUUGUGGUUGUCUCUUAACUUCAGCAGGAGAACAAAUUGGGCUGUCAGUAUGUUAUGUUAUGGGGUGAUUUAUAAAGUUAAGGCAUCGUUAUCAGCUUGCCUUGGAAAUAAACACAUAUUCUUUUUUUCAUCGCGUUGUCUUCGGCUCCAGACACAAAAGGAAUAGUCUGAAGGAUAAAUCAAGAGGCAAAGUCCCGAUGAAGACACUCGGUGAAAACACUUAAACCAUGACACUUAGUUUUGACAGCAGUUGAAGUAUCAAUUUGCUUGCUAUAGGAAGUGACUGGAAAAUCAAAACACAUCUGAAACUGAAAACACCUUUUUUGUCUUCAUCACCCCGUGCCCCCCCCCCAGGUUGCUAGCAGCAGCACAUUAGAAUGCUGCGUUGUCAGUAAAUAUUGGAAAUUGGCAUUUCCUCUGGGUGAUGUGUCCUGAAAGGUCAAACCCGGGCAGCAGCAGCAGCACAGUGGCUCUGACUCUGUCUCUGCUCUGUAUAAUGGAAUUCAGCAGAACUGCAUGGCAUUUCCAAUAAUGGGACCUGACCUUCCUGAUCACCAUUUAUAUCAUGGACAUUACCCAACACGGACACAGUGAAAUCCUUCUGUUCAACAUCCUCUUUCGUUAUUCUUAUUGCCUCGUUUCCCUGUCCUUUUUUUAUGAGCCGUAAGUUGUUAAGAAGGAAAAGAUUUUUGCUUUUGUGUUAGUCUCCGCAGUGAAACUCUUUCCGAGCAGCAGCUUAAAUGCUAAGCAAUUCAAAAUCAAGGAAGAGCUACCCACACACUUACAAAGUGAGACCCUCAUGAAUAUGGAACAAACCAAAAGUCACAAAAGCAAUUGUUACUUUGGAGAAACGAUUAAGAAAACUUAAAUCAACUAUCAUCUACUCUUUGUUCAAACUUUGAUGUGUCUCUUUUAUUUUGGCGAGACUGUACUUAGAGCUAGCAGAGAGGAGACAGGACAACACUACAAGAAUCAUUGACAUUUCUUCAUGCACUGCUGGCUCCCGUUGAAAGCGUGUGACUCACCUUUUCUAUUAGUUUGCCUUGAAAAGAUAUCCAGAGCUGUUUGAGGAUGUCUCUAGUGCCCCUCUCUUUGCUUUGCCAUCUCUCAGUUGUAGCUGACCUAGCGAACCAGACUGUCCUGCUCCAAAACCAGCCGCACAGGGUGCAUAGAAAAUCAUAAGGCCAACAUCAAACUUGAAGAACUGAAAACAGCACAAAAACAAGACACGUUAAAAUCACAGUGAUGUGCUGCCAAGUCACCAAUAAAGGGAAGCUCAGUGAUUUUACCUCUGGGAUUGUGUUGUUGUUUUAAAGGGCUAUAAAAUUACAGAAAAAAAUGUUUAUGAAAGGUGGGGUAGGCAGGAUCUGAGGAAGUGCCAGUUUUUGGGAGAAAUCUUGAAUGUAAACUCUACCCCUCCCAACCAGUUUCCCCUCAGCUCCUCCUCUCCCUCCCUCUUUGCUCCAGCAAGCCCCGCCCACAAAAAGAUGCUCCUGCUCGCUCGUAUCGUUUCAAUUAAAUUCAGAUAUAAUGCUGAUAAAUACUUCUGAUGAUUAGAAAUGGGGCCCAGUCAAUGUGAAAGUAAAAAGAAUUGGUGCCACUGUAGAUGCCAACAGACUACCAGCAAACAAAAUGUUUGCAGGACUUCAACAACUAGCAUAAAGUGACAAACUCCAGGACCCGAGGUAAACAGUUUAGCGGUGCUACAACACGCAGCAGGUCCCAUUUGACAAGAAACACUUCUGUUACAGACACUUGGCUUACUUUGUUAAAGAGGUUUACCUGUCCAGCAGAAAGGUUACAAGAUCCCGAAGCGUCUGCCUCAUAACCAUUCAGGUUGGGGGAGGUGGAGAACGGCUUUGUUUACAUUCAGAAAGAGGGCCGCUCAAAACAUUUAAAGUGUUGACUACACAGACAUAACACAGCAAUAUCGUUAUGUUCUGAAAUGUCAUCAAUAACUAAUAGCUAUUGACUGAUAUAAAAAAGAUGCUUCUUUAAGGGAAUCCUGCCUACCCCACCUUCAAUGUCUAAAAAGUCUCUUUCGUGGUAGAUUUGAAUUAAAGGUGAUAUUCACAUCAAGAUGGAUAUACAUGCAUAAUUAAAUCUACCUACCUUUACUGCUUAUUUUCUGUGAUUCGACUAUUGCAUCUUGUAUGAGGUGCAACAAAGGAGGUUGAGGGAAAUAGGGUGUCUAUUGAGAUUCACCUUCUGAGAUUCAUUAGCUGUCACCAGUAAAGGCUUUAACACGAUGUGACAGGUGUGUAAAAAAAUGUAGCAAAUUUUGGGCAUUGGGAAAUAAACUGAUUGAGUCCCCCAUGAAACCAGAAAAGCACCAAUGCUAUGCUAAAAUUUCAGAAAGAGGCCCAAAUUACCUCUUAUGCACCUGCUGCUAGCACAUCAUCAGCUCCUGCUGGAUCACAGACUGAUAAUGCUGGACCCCAAGAUACGCCCAUGGUCUUUUAAUCUCUUCAAGACUCCUGCUGCCUGAGUGAACUGACUGUGACUGAGCAGAUUUAAAAUAGUUUAGAUGUGAUUUUCAUCAUGACUUUGAGGGUAUCUGUGCUUUUUUUUUUUUUUUACUUACAGACAUGUUAGCACCAAAAUUAAAUCAACACCAACAUUUCUGUGUAAGUUUACUUACUUUAAUCCAUACUACUGAGUGGACAAACAAAAGACUUAUGUGUUUGAUAGAAAUCUCAUUAACCCACAGACACAUGUUGGUUUUGGAAACCCAAAUACAGCACAGGGAAGGUAUUUGAUUAGUGGAGCUUUAAUGAGCUUGUGAAAAACCAUCGAGUGAAUCACGCGCGUAGCUUUUGUUUGAAUUGCCAAAACAAUCCAAGGUGUUCUUGUCUCUUCCCUGUGCAGCUUAUGUAUUCACAUGUCACAGUCGGAGCAGCCUUGCAGAGUUUCCUGAGUGCUGAGUGAAGCCAGCAGCUGAGCUGAGUAUGAGCACAAGUGAUGCUUUCACAGCGCCCUGCUCUCAGCCGUCUGAAUACUUCCCCGAGCCCUCAUUAGCAUGGCUGCUGCAUUCAGCCUCAUCCCAAGUCUUUGCUGUUGCAUGCGAGUGUCUAUACACACACACUCACACACACACUAUUUCUUACUUACUUAUCCCUCCCUCCCAACUGCAGUUGAAUCCUCCUGUCUGCAUCCCGUUUUCCCCAGUUGGAUUUCUCCCCCCUAUUUACUCCUCCAUACUGUUCCCCCUCUGGCUCACCAUUCAUCCUCCUCUUUUUUUCCUCCAACUACUUAUUUUUCUUCCUCUCCCCUCUUUUUUUCAACCUUCCCUCCCUCUCCUCUUUUAUCCAGUCUCUCAGCAAUGUAUUAGUCCUCUCCUGUAUGAUGAUCAUCCCCUCCAGCUCUUUCUCCCCUCAUCUCUUCUUGCAUACCCUUCUUUAAUAGAAUGUCAACUCUUACAUUUCCCUCCUCUCCACUUAGCCUGUCUUCGAUUAAUCAGGACGGGAUGGUGGAGAGAAAAGGCUCCUUUUUAUUAAUGUAGUCACAGGACAUCUAUAGAGCUCUCAGUGAGGAGAGACACAAGUGCAAAUGGCCUCUGUUUUAUUUGUUUUGAUUUGUAUUUAUGUAUGCAGAUAGGGUGGCUGUCUCUGAGUGAGGUGGUAGGAAGUGUUUGGUGUCCUUGUUCUACUAUAGCAGCGCAUUACUCUGCUGUCUGCUGUGUAUGAAUGGGCACAGUUGUGCUGGCUGGGAUGGUGUAAAUGCAUGCAUACUUGGCUGUAUAUGUGAGAGUCAGUGCGCAUUACUCAGCAAGCACUCUAUACUCUCGCCAGGGAUACUGACGUGCUUAUUAGGAUUAGACACAUCCCAGUCUGUUUGACGUGUUAAAAAGCUCCAUGUAGAGAGAGAAGAAAACAGGGGUUUCCUUCCCCUCUGUGGAUAAGUGCACUGUAAUGAUGGUAAUGGUCAAUUUUAAGAGGUGCCCGCUCUCUCUCUCUCUCUCUCUCUCUCUCUCUCUGUUAUUUGCUCACUCAUAGCCUUACAAAAAUCCUCCUCAUUUAGCAGAGACACAUGCAAACACUCCUGCACACUUCAGCACUGACCUCACCAGCUCCGUCCUACAGAUGCCAUCAAUUAAAAGAUUGGCUGCUAUUACCUCCCGUUCACCUUUUCCCCUGCACUCAGAAUUAACAGCUGCCAGAGGACUCCUCCCUCACACAACCCAGCACCUGCGAAUCCUGAUGUUUCAGCUGCUUUUUCCUCCUGGCUCGCUGGCUCACGUGGUCACUCCGGUGUUUUUUCAAAGACACAGUUAGUUUAGUUGAUGAUAUGAGGAGCUAGCAGCCCCUGGAUAUUUGACGCAAGUCUCUUUCAUAGUGUCAUGAUCUUGUCAGACAUACCAUUAGUGUGUCAGGUUAUUCUGCAGAGAUCUAUAUCCUGGUGUAGAGUGUCAUAGACCCAGCAGGGUGUUUACAUCCUUCACUUGAUGAGCAGCUUAAGAAGAUUUUCUGUGUCCUAAUUACCACGCUGGCAGGGGGCUCAUUCAGCGAACCGAGAAAGGGUAUAGAAUUGGUGUUCCAAGGUAGAACCCAAGUUUAAUUAUGAUGAGAUGGAAUAAUUCAAAGAGGGUGCCAGUGCGAAAUGAGAUGCAUUUGUUGGGCUCUUCACAUACUGCCACUCUUUAAGUGGGUUUUAUGAUAAUUUAUUGGAUUUUUUGAAGUUGAUGAUUUUUUUAUGGCUCCAGUGUAAUUUGUUUUGUGAUCCUAGCUCACUUUUGACAGUGUGGUUAAUGCCUUGUUUGAAAGAAUAAUUAGCUCUUUCAAUUAAGUGUAGAACCUAUGGUCUUCGAAAUGUUUUACCACAUAAUUCAAAACUCUUCUCAUCUAUAGCGUAUAGAGCUGCGUUGAUUAAUCACUGAGUCAGGUAGUUGUUGACUGAAAAAUGAAUCGAGUAAUAUGCUGGUGAAAGAGUAAAUGGUUCAUGUAUCUUUCUUUAAUCAAAAUCUAUCCGCCGUGGCUUAAAUGAAACUUUUCAGACUGUAGCUGAAAUUAGAUUUUCCAAAGACACUAGCCCGAGAUGAAUAAGAAAAGUUUCUGAGCUGAAAACUAUGUUCAGUUAGAACAGAUGUAUCAGGGUUAAGGUCCUUACACACUGGGGCCGACACAAAUAUAGAACGCGAAACUACGAAAUAUUCAGAGUAGAAUUUUGACGCGCCUGACUAUACACAUCAAGCCCGACUUUCCAGGGGGGGAAAGAUGAAUCCGGGGUGGAAGCGAGAAGACUGUCACAACAGCAGACUGACUGUUUUUCAGUUCUGAUUAGACACUAGUGUUGAGAUGGCUGUCUGUCAUGAUAGCAUUUACUGAGUCGGGGCCAGUACCAGAUAAGCACAUUAAACUAUAAUCCAGAAACGUAAGGUAACAACCGAGACCUAAUGGUGCUGUGACAGCAACGUGAUUGAGUUUGAGACUGUGAAAAUACAUAUGGUAUGUUGUAUCUGAACAGGUUAGCUUAUGUGCUAAAGUUACUUAGCACAGAUGAAAGUUAAAACAAAGACAUUUAGCAAUCUGUCAAAGCACACAAACCAUCGUCAUAUGAGAGAUGCGACGCUAUGACUCUCCACAAGUUGUCCUUCAGGUCAUUAUCUUUGUAAUGUUUGUGUCUUUUAUCAAAAAGCACUCUGUUCUCCGACAUGUAAACAAUCAGCCGGUUGGCCAUGUUGAAUAUACCGGUGAAUCAGACGUCACAACAACACAAAAUCUGAUUGGUCAGAAGUGGACACACAGUAUGCGAAACUUUAGAAAAAUCGACCGUGAUACGAAAAAAAUAAAUGCCGCAAUAUGGCAGAACGGGAAAACGUCGCUGAUGUGAACACUUGUAUUGACAGGAUACGGGUUCGAAAAAAGAUAUUGACGUCCGAAAUAAUCGCACGAAGAAAUCGGUCCCGGUGUGAGGACCUUUAGCCCCAAAAAAGACACGAUACCUUCUCUGAGAUCGUUAAACUCUGAGUCCAUUUCUACCUACCAAACAGGGCAAAUGCUUACUUUGAGCAUAUUUUUUGUUUCCAAAAGGACUUCACGCAGGAUUACAGCCAGCACUGAAAAGUAGCUGAUUGACAGCCGUGCUGGGCUCUUAAUAAAAUUUGCAUUCUGUGUGACUUGAUCGUGCCUAACCCUGUGAGGAUGGGUUAUCAAUCUAGCAGGUUGUGGGCGUGCGUUUGUCAUUUUGGCUCUAAGCACGUCCCUAAUGUGGGUGUCUACCUUACCUGUCAAACUGCUACUAACUCAUCUUGAUAAAGUGCGAGAUCAUUGCCUCUGCAGAAUCACAUAAAUAUUCAGAUUGAGUAGUGCCAGCAAAUGACUGAAGUGACAGGAAUUGAUUCAUUGUUUUGGACCUGCGGGCAGGUAGUAUUAAAACCACAAACCUGUUACCGCUUAUUUUACUACCUAAUGAGCAGAUUAGCUCACGUGUAUUGUUUUUCUCUUUGUAGUGCCCAGACUCUACCUGUAAGCAGGACUUGCUCGCCUACCUGCAGAGGAUUGCCCUUUACUGCCAUCAGCUGAACAUCUGCAGUAAAGUGAAGGCUGAAGUGCAGAACCUGGGAGGAGAGCUGGUCGUCUCUGGGGUAAGUUCAACAUGACAUAAACCAUCGAGCACUGUCAAGCUUUACAAUCUUCAUUGUGCAACAGGCCCCACGGUACCUAAAGAGUAGUAGAGCAGUUGAUAAGUAGUGUUAAAUUAAGCCGUUUUAUUCGGACUGUAAGUGUUGCGGGGACUGCAGAGGGCAGUGAAAGUUGGUGGCAAAGGAGAGGAGCACUAAGAGCUGAUGCAAGCAGAACACGUUUCCAAACAUGAACAAAUAAAAUGAAAAGACAGAUUUUUUUCUCUGAAGCCUCAAGGAUAAACACAGUGUUCUUUGGUGAGAAAAUCAUCAGCGGGAUGACGUUUGUUUACAAAGAAACACAAUGAACUUUGUUUUUCCACAGAAUUUAAAAAUCAUUUUUAAUCAAUAGAAUUCUUGGCAUCAAAUAUUUUGAAAUACUCAUACCUGCAGCAUUGGCACUAUAACUUUCAGAUGAAUAUGCAGAUCACAAAAAUACUAGCUUUUCUCUGCUUGUUAGGACUAAUGCUGCCCAAAUGUUUUCUUACCUUUUUACUACUUAAGAUAGCGCUGUUAAAGGCAGAUGUUUACAGACCCUAUUUAAGUAUUAAUUAACCUAUUACUUGCCAGUCAGAUUAAUUAAACGACACUGCGUCUUUGUGCAGGAGGUAAUGAAUUCCUCCUUUCAGUAGGGCUGAAACAAGUCUGUUCCUCCGACACAUCCAGCCAAGUGUCACCAGAGUCUCUGAGGCUAUUAAACUGUGGAGAUUAAAUUAGUGUGACCUUUUCCCAUAUUCUAAAGUUUCUCACAUCUGUCUGUAUGCAAAUUCAGGAGAUGUUGUCAGUUCUUCCGUGCAAACACUUGAAUCUCAGCUCAUGUGUGGUAAAUGUGAACAGUAUACGGUUAUCUCACAUGAUUUAAUAUCAGAUACAGAUUCAGAUAGCAGAUUUGCUUUACCUGUCUCACUAAGCUAACCAUCUCUCUUUCGUUUUCUCCAAUCUCGUCCAUGUGCUCAGCUGGACAGCGCCAUGUCCCUCAUCCAGGCCGCCAAGAACCUCAUGAACGCUGUGGUGUCCACCGUCAAGGCCUCCUACGUCGCAUCCACUAAGUACCAAAAGAGCAAAGGCAUGGAGGCCCUGAAUAUGCCCGCCAUCUCCUGGAGGAUGAAAGCUCCUGAGAAGAAGCCCCUGGUGAAGAGAGAGAAGCAGGAUGACGGCCAAACCAACCGAGUCAAGAGAUCCUCUCACAAGAAGCACGUGAACCCAGUGCAGGCUCUGAGUGAAUUCAAAGCCAUGGAUAGCAUCUAAACUCCCCUUUUUCUGAUUCCAGAUAGCACACAGCACACAUAUAUUGACCAAUGACUAUAAAUGUAGGUUCACUCUAUCAAAAGACAAAAGUUUAUCAUAUUUGUUCCACUUUUGCAUUGAUGGCUUGUCUGUUUGACCAAUUAUAUCCCUACACAGCCUCAUUCCUAUUCCACAUAAUGAUGGUGAUUUAGUCUGCUGCAUUUACUCUCUCCUAAUAGUGAGUUAUUAGAGGGAAAUCAACUGGAGGAAGGCCUUUUUAACGUUUGUUCCCAUGUUUCUGGGAAAGACAAGGAGUGAAUAUCGUAGGUGUUAUCAGAACUAAUUCCAAGAGGCUUUUGAUUUAUUUGUAUUCUAACCAGUUUUAUAGCUAAUGCUGUGGGGGUCUCUGGUGUAUUCCACUAUAGUGUUUGAUGAUUGCUUCUGAACUGCAAAUAUCAACUAUGCAAACUCUCAACUGCCUUAUUUUAUCCUGAGUAAUAACUGUAGAUCAUGAGGAUGUACUGGGCUAACUGGUAAGAUUUUAAAUGUGUUUGGUUGAACUGAAAAGUAACCAAAGUCAGUAUAUUUCUGUGUGCCUGUACUUUUAUAACUUUAUACAUACUUUGUUAUGCCGCUAUAAACAAUAAACAUCAGUUGAAACUGACUGAAACACUGACUUAAAAAAACAUCAGAGCUGAGUGAUGAAUAAUUUGUAUCCCCCUAACAUUUUGUCUGUUAAAUGUCAUUUCUUUAUUAUUUAAGCAUCUUAAGUUUGAUUUCUUUGUUUUUUUUUUAUCCAUCUGCUCGCUGUGUAAUGAGUACAUUUGUUUGAGUCUGCAGUUAAAUCACAGAAUUACCAGGCCAAACUUUUGAAUUAUACCCUCAACUCUUCAGAGAGGAGGUAAUCCCAGUGUGCUCAACAACCUUGUGUCCACAUUCUUCAAGCUUCAUUAACUGAAAAUGUGACCAAACACCUUCACAUUCAAGGAUUGUGUCCAGAUUGAGGGAUCAAUAUGUUUUUCUUUACACAGCUUAGAGAGAGGAGAGGAUUUCCUGACUCUCAACUCUCCUUGAUUGUUUAUAUUCCUUGCAUUGUGUUUGAACACUAAUCAGGAUUUUACCUAUGAACAAUCUUUAUGAAAAUUAGAAACAAGUUGCCAAGCGUUGGAGCUUUAAUAUGGAACAGGAGCUUUUGUACUUCAGGUAACAUUUGUGGCGAGUUCAGUGCCCUGUGCAGUGGUGUUAUAGAGCACUCUCCCGCUAAGUGGUGUGUCAGUGUACAGCGAGGCUUUGCAGUUCUGCUGCUCUUGACACCUGUCAGCUCCAGCGGGAUUGGCAUGUAUGGUUCUUUAAUAGUUUUUAUUUUACUGUAGAAUAAAGCUUUUUCAGCAUGUUUUUCAGGAGAGUUUUUCCUCAGUUCCUUUUUUUUUUUCUAUAUUUGAGUUUGGACUUUGAAUCAUGAGUGAUAUCAAACUACUUUGCUGUGGAUUUUUGUUAUUGAGAGCUGACUUAUUAGUGCACAAGUUUCUUGUACUCAUGUGCCUGCUUUAUAUCUAAAUAAACAAAUAAAAUCAAAUUAUA